AUGGGCGCCAGCGGCUCCAAGUCCCGGGGCCUCUGGCCCUUCGGCUCGGGUGGGCCGGGCGGCUCCGAGGGGCCGGGCGGAGACCAGGCUCUGGCCCGGGCGCGGGGACUCUGCUCGGCCACCCCCUUCGUCUUCACCCGCCGCGGGUAAGAGCAAAGCCGACUGCUGCUGCCGCCGCCGAGGGAGCCGCGGGAAAGCGAGGUCGCCCUGACCGGCCCGUAGACCUUGCAGAGGCGGCGGCAGGGCUACAUCUCAAGCCCCCCCCCCCCCCCCGGUGCUCGUCCGCUUUCCUAACCCCUGACCCCGGUGCGACGCAGGGACUGGCCAGGCUGCUUCCUUCCCCUUGCGUCCGCCUCAUCCAGUGGACGGAGAUGCGGCGCUGACCUUAUGCCAGGGGAAGCGGGCUUUCCUUUCCCGCGGGAGAGGCUCCGCCUGGCGCUUCUGGGGCCGCUUUCUGAAGCCUCCCUUGCGCCCAUGGGUCCCCAACACAAGUUCAUGUGCCGCUUGCAGCUCCCCCCACCCGCAGCGGUGCCGGAGUCUUCCUCCUCGCUCUCUCCCUCCCCCCUGCAGAAAGCCUCGUGGGCGCAUGUUGCAAGUUCGGUAGUUAAAGGGCUCUGCCGGCCUUCUGCUGGUCUCUCUAAGGUUGUGGUGCCCGAAGAGUUUGCCGGGCAAAGGGCGAGAUUUUGUUUUCUGCGCGCCAUCAUGGUGCAAAGAGGUUUCAUAGAGGUAGGGGCAAUGUUCAGCUACUGAAUAUUGGCUUCCAGGUAAUAGUAUCUCCUUGUGCAUGCCUCCUGGAUUUAGAUAAGUCUGUCUAACGCUCUGUUUUCCUUGUUGCCUGACAUUUGGUUUAUAGCACCUCUUUUCUCCAAAGCUCAGCUGAUACUGUUUUUAUGUAGAUGUUGAAUGGCAGCCUGACAUAUUUGGCAACAACAGACCAUUCUGUAAAACCACCUAGGUGUUUUUUGAGAAAUUUAGAAAGUUUUUUGGACCAGUUUGUGGGGAUAAGCCUAGAUUUAUUCCGAGCUUGUAAAGUCACUAGCAUAGCAAGAAAUGUGACAAGCGCAUUCUAGUGGCUGGGAAAUAGUGCCUCCAUUAGGUCCUUUUGCACUAUUGUUCCCUUGCCAGCUCUUAAAUUAGUAAAUUUUCAGCUGUGCCAGAAUGCCUGCCUUCUUCCAAAGUAAUGACUGGCUAGUAUUUCCAUUCUAGCUAGGCAACUGGCCAGAUGUUGAAUCAAAUGCCUUUGUUGGCAGACUGGCUGCAAAAUUUCUAUGUCAUGGAAGCAAAGGUGUCAUUUUCAUUUUGAGUUGCACAUUCUUGCUAUUUUCUCUUUUCUCAUCCCCCCCACAAUGUAUCCUGAGAAUUCCUGUGGAUUUUCAUAUAGUCUGCUAUGAAUGUGGCAACACAGCAAAGAAAAGAAGUUACUGAAUUCUGAACACUGCUUUGCUGAAGCAGUUGAGUAUGUUAGUGAGGAAUGUUUAAAUUUAGACUUGACAGAAUUCCAGUUUCAUAAGCUUUGGGCAGUUGUUUAAAAGUGGCAGAAAUACCGUUUUAAACAUUCUGUUGUUGGUCAGGAGCUGUUGGCAUUUAUGUAGCAGGAGUGAUUAUCCAAUCCUGUCAGCAUCUUACCUCCAAUAAAUAUGUUAAGAAAUCAAUCAUUAUGAUUAAUUAUGAUUAAUUCUAGUUACAUGCCCAUUCGGCUUAAGUGCAACCAUGACACUUUUCUACGCUUUGGUUUUGCCAUGCUAUAAACUUGUUUUAAAUCAAAUGCUCUCUCCCUGAGGAGAAUCUGACAUCUUGUCACUUCAAUAGUUCCACCAAGUGUUUUUCUUUUUACUCUUGGCAAAAAUUAGUCAGGUUUGUAAGGUAGUCUUCAAUAUGUGUCUGCACAUACUUUGAAAUGUUACUGUGUUAGAGCAUCUGUUUUGCAUACAGAAGGACCCAGAGUCAAUUCCUAAGAUCUCCAAGUAGGGCUGGGAAAGAUCUCUACCAGAAGCCUUGGAAAGUUGAUGCCCGUCAUUGUAGAUAAUAUUGAGCUAGAUGGUCCGACUUGAUAGAACACAGCUUUUUAUGUUAUUACUGGGAUGGAAUAUGAUCUCAAGAAUCGCCAUCUGUUUGAUGGGACAACAUUUACUAUGAGUUUUGUGGAAAAGUUAAUUUGUUCUGUGUAAACUAUUAGUGCAAGGGUGGGCGACCUGUGGUAAUACUGGUUGGGAGAGUAGGUUGAUUAGUAGUAGUAUGGUUUCUGCUCAUUUUAGGCAACCGCCGUGCAGAAUUUCCCCUGACAAUUAACCUUCUCCUUACUGUAGUGCAAGGAAUGAGGAGCUAGCAAAUGGGUGGCAGCAACAGCUGCCAGCUAGCUGGCUUGCUACUAGCUCUUAGUCGCAGAUUUGAAAAGCAGCUGCUUUUGCUUCUUCUGUCUGAAGCUUUUUCUAAAUGUUUUUCAUUUUUUCGCAGCUCUAUGUAUUACGAUGAGGAUGGUGACCUUGCCCAUGAGUUUUAUGAGGAGACAAUAGUCACCAAAAAUGGGAGAAAGCGUGCCAAGCUGAAAAGAAUCCACAAGAACCUGAUACCUCAGGUAACACAAUCAGAAGUAAAAGGGAGCUGUUGCAAAGUGGUUUCAAGCUAACACUUGAGGAUACUGAGCAACAAGAGAGUCUCUGAGUUUAUACCAAGGGUAGCUAACCUGCUGUCUUCCACCUAUUUCUGGAUUCCCAUCAACCCCAGCCAGUGUAACCACUGGUCAGGCAUGAUGGGAGCCGUAGAAAACUGGAGGCCCACACGUUGGUCAUUCCCAUGUGAUUCCUUUGAAUUUUCAUAGAAGUGGUUUUCUACAUUGCCAGCUUUAUAGUACAGUGGUGCCUCGCAAGACGAAAUUAAUCCGUUCCGCGAGUGUCUUCGUCUAGCGGUUUUUUCGUCUUGCGAAGCAACCCUAUUAGCGGAUUAGCGGUUUAGCGGCUAUUAAAGGCUUAGCGGCUUAGCUGCUAAAAGGCUAUUAGCGGCUUAGCGGCUUAGAAAAAGGGGGGGGAGCGAAAAAAAAAUCUCAGGACUUGCAAGACAUUUUCGUCUUGCGAAGCAAGCCCAUAGGGAAAUUCGUCCUGCAAAGCAACUCAAAAACGAAAACCCUUUCGUCUAGCGGGUUUUCCGUCUUGCGAGGCAUUCGUCUUGCGGGGCACCACUGUACAGUAGUACCUCAGGUUACAGACGCUUCAGGUUACAGACUCCGCUAACCCAGAAAUAGUACCUUGGGUUAAGAACUUUGCUUCAGGAUGAGAACAGAAAUCGUGCUCUGGCAGCGCGGCGGCAGCAGGAGGCCCCAUUAGCUAAAGUGGUGCUUCAGGUUAAGAACAGUUUCAGGUUAAGAACGGACCUCCAGAACGAAUUAAGGUCUUAGCCCGAGGUACCACUGCAUUAGUCUACAGCAGGGGUGGAGUGGGGGGGGGGCUUUAGGCCCUCCAGAUGUUGGACUCCAACUCCCAUCAGCCCCUGCCAGUGUGGCCAAUGCCAGCUUUAUAGUACAGUAGUACCUCGGGUUACAGAUGAUUCAGGUUACAGACUCCGCUAACGCAGAAAUAGUACCUCGGGUUAAGAACUUUGCUUCAGGAUGAGAACAGAAAUUGCACAGUGGCAGCGGGAGGCCCCAUUAGCUAAAGUGGUACCUCAGGUUAAAGAAUAGUUUUAGGUUGAGAACGGACCUCCAGAAUGAAUUAAGUUCUUAACCCAAGGUACCGCUAUAUUGUCUUCUGAAAUACUGGAUUUGAUUGUUUGUGGGGACACCAGUACCAGCUUCAUCGUGUCCAGCAACAAUGGUUGUGUCUGUAUUGGCCAUCUUGAAAUCACUACAGAUGCAGUUCUAGGAGUCUUUGUCAACCUUCCCUGGGAUUUUUUUUUAAUGGUGACAAAACAACCUAAUUUUAAAAUGCUUGUUCAAGUUCCUGUAUGCAGCAACUGUCACAUUCUUGAAAGAACAUCAGCCACUUUGAAUUUCUGUCUUUUGAGCUAGUGAUAAAAGACCCAGAUGCCUCAUUUCUGGAACUGGAUUGUAGUAAAUAUGAGCACUUUCAUAACAUUCUAUAUUGGGUUAUUGAGGAUUUCGUAAUGAAUGAUGGGAGCAUAAUAAAUAUUUCAUUAUUGUUUGAAAUAAUUUUAUCCUGCUGUUUUGCAACCUCAUGUCAGCUUAGAUCAAAUACAUUAGUCACAUUGAACCAAAGUAAUUUAAGACAAAGCAAUCCAGGUUUUUAAUAAUAAGAUUACAUAUCAUGGCAUAAAUUAGCAGGCAUAUGAUUUGCAACGUAGGUGAAAUUUGUACCCUGUCUGGAUUUAGGAGAAGAGAGAGCAGCUCCAUGCUUCCUUAGGGAAGCGGUUCCACAACCUUGGGGCACUAAUUCUUAGGAGGAAUUACUGUACAUCCACACCUGUGUAGGUGGCCCAAUAGAUAUUAAUAUUGCUGUUAGGCACGAAUGUUGUUCUUGUAAGAUCCCUUCAUAGUAGUAAAUACACAUGGCCUAGAUCCAUGGAACUGUAUGGGACUAUAUCAUUAGUCCCAAAAGUUUGAAUAUGUGUUUCAAAUGGCUUGAGGGAGUAUCUGCUGUUGGAAGAGGAAAAAUCAAACAUUUCAUUGGGUAUGGCUAAAGUAGCUCAUUGAGUCUCAGCCCCUGCUGAAAUCAUGGGUAGAGUUUGCCUGAUCAGUUUACCGUGAGAAUGAGAGGAGGCUAAAAAAGCAAGCCUUACUGAACGUGAACUGAUGUGUUGGGAGGCUUGUGGAACUGCUUCUGGUUAAAAUCAGUGCAAAAUACUGGUGACUAUAACUGUGUAAAUGAGCAGAGGAGAAAAUAACAGCUACUAGUGGAUAAGAAAGCUGCAGUUGUAAUGGACAGUGUUUUGCAUCAACAACAAAAAUUCAGAUCCUUGGGAGUCACAAGGUUCCCUAUCAUUACAGAGAAGGCAAGGCAGUGCUGCCUCAAAUUUUAGUCAGAAAGUAAUAUGGCUUGUGAUGACUUGUUAAAAUUGUAGAUGCCACUGGUUGGUGUAUGGUAGAAUAUCAUGCUGGAAACAUGAUGUGUAAAGUUCUGUUGGUUCUGGGCUCACUUGAAUGAAACUCUUAAUGAUGAUCCAGCACUUGAGAAGAGAAGGAUAAAGAAGGCUUGUUCUUCUGUUGUCUGUCCUGUAUGUGGACACUGCUUCCUUGGAGGUUUUUAAGCAGAAAUUGGAUGGUCAUCUGUCUUGGAUGCUUUAGUUGAGAUUCCUGCAUUGCAGGGGGUUGGACUAGAUGACCCUCGGGGUCCCUUCCAACUCUUCAGUUCUAUGAUUCUGUGCCUAUCUCAAGAGCUUCUGACACCUUUUGUUGAGCACUAUAAUCCUGAAGAUAAGGGAAAAGGUAACUGUUUGUAUAGAAGUAAGUGUAAAAUCUUCACUGUAGAUGUACCUAAGCAUGGAAAGUGUGGAGGGUCAGUUAUGGCUGUCAUAACCUGGGUUUGAUUUUGCCUUGACAAAAGGUUACUCUUCUGUCCGUCCUGAUUGUGGACCCAUUGACCAGCUUGAUUCUGUCUUGUAGCUAGCACACCAGGGAAAGUUGUUGGGUAUGCAUAUAGUUCAAUUGAAAAUACAAGUCUGGUUAUCUGGUGCUAUUUAUAGCCAUUAACUAUAAAAACCUUCCUGUGGCUACUGUUUCUAUAAGCAUCAUGGAGGGGGGGUGUUUCUUUGCUAAUGCUUUUAUAUUAUGGACUUCUAGAGGCUUCCAUAACAUCUUGCAUUUGCCAUUUUUCAAGUAAAAGUAGUGAUGAAAUAUUUUCACUUCUGCGCUGUGGCUCUCAAUAUUGCUUGUGGCGUAUAAUUCUCUUGAGAAGUGCUGGACCAAGUUUGUCAAAUACCACUAAUGCAUGACCAGUUAGUUUUAUGAGGCAGUACUUGGAGGUAGCAUACCUUCCAAUCAAUUUAUUGUUGGAAGAAUCUGAAUGCAGCCAACGUGUCCUAGAUUACCACAUCUUGACUUAAUAAAUUAAGUAUGAAUGAGCAUUGCACAUAUCUGCUUUGUUCCUUCUUCACGCAAGGAGGCAAACAUAGCUUCCUGUUAAAUGUCCAAACUGGGAAAUGUUGAUUAAUGGUUUCCAAUGAAGCCAACUUUAAACCUUCAUCUCCUGACCUAUCUGUAAGCUAUGGUUUACUGCAGCUUCUUGGCUUGUUUGUCUGCUUGUGCAUAUGGAGGGACAAGGCAGAUAUAUGAAGCUUGUUAGUAUCUCCAUUUGUUGAUCCAAGAUGUGAUUACCCAAGGUUUUUCACUUGGCCAAAUUCAUAUAAACUCACUUAUUAGCCUUGCUUUAAUCAGAUGGGUUUACUUUCUAGUCCAUUGGAAGCUUGGCGACUUUCUCCAUUCCAUUAGCAUUCAGCAAGAAUGGAAAACAUCUGAAUUACUUAAGGCCAAAGUAGAAGGCAGCAUGAAAGAUGAUUGGUGGCAGGUUAAAUUGAGUAAAUGCCAUGAUUCUGAGAAGGGGGGAUUAUUAAAAAAAUCUCCCCUGAAUGCUUUUCUGUUCAAAUCUCUCCUCUUCCCCCCUCCCCAGCUGCUGUUUAACCUACAGGACAAAACCUAUAUAGGGACCUAAUAACUUUGCAGUGGAAAGGAGGUUCCGUUGGAAAAUGGCAUGGUGGGCAAGAGUUGAACAUAAAUACCUAAUAAAGCAAAAAACAUUAACUUCCUUCUCACAAACACAUUUAAAAGGCCUUAGAAUGUUUAAUUGGCCAAAGGCCUGCUUAAAGAGAAAUGUUUUUGCCUGGCGACUGAAGAUAUGUAUUGAAGGUGCCAGGCGAACCUUCCCAGGGAGAGCAUUCCAAAAAUGGGAGCCACUGCAGAAAAGGCUGCAUUCUCAUGUUGCUGCUCUCUGAGCCCCUUGUGGAGGCAGCACACAAAGAAAACCUCAGGUGAUGAUUGCAGGGUCCAGGUCAGUUCAUAUGGAGGGAGACAGUCCUUGAGGUAUUGAAGUAACUGGCCAUACAUUUCCAGCUCAUGCAGUUUUCUGAUCCUUUAUCUCAAUUUGUUCCUGUCUAGUUUCUAGGUAGAGUUCAUACCCAUGACCUAACACAAAUAGCCCAGUUGCUUUGGUAUGGCUUUUGGGCCAGAAGUCAUUAAGCAAGGAACUGUAUUAACUCGACUGGCACCAUGUCCCUUUAUUCCACAUCAUUUUUAGCCUGAUUUCCAAGUGGCAUUAUCUCAUCCUUGUUGCAUCUUUCUCUUUACAGGGCAUAGUGAAACUGGAGCACCCUCGGAUACAUGUGGACUUCCCUGUUAUCAUCUGUGAGGUCUGAGCCAUGGAGGGCAGUGUGAACUGUCAGUGUGUGCUAUCAAGGCACCUUACUUGCCCAGUUUUACUGUACCUCACGUAAACCAAGCUAGGCAGCCACGUCUCCCUUCAGAGUGAUGGAUCAAGAGCACAGACGCAUGGUUAGCUUUGAAGCUUGUCUGCUAGGAUGAGGCGGCAACGGCUACGGCACUGACGGCAUCAUGGGAUCGUAUAAUCAGGAAUAGCAUUGGCUAGGAAUGUGUGUUGGUAGGACCUGUGUCACGUGAGAUGUUUGGCCUUGUUUAGUGACCUGCUCAAAAAAAAAAUCCCCCUUGCUGAAUUGAGUAAAAUCCCUUUAACAGCCUUAGGUGGCAACAGAUUUCAAGUGUCUUGAGACCACGGAGAACCGACCUGCACCUUUUUCUGACCAGGUGGCCUGCUUUCUGAGUUCCCCAUCAGUAUUCUUUAAAUGCUGACAACGAAGUUUCUGUUUAUAUGCUGUAUAUGAGAGUAAAGGUGAGCAGUAAGCGUCUUGUGCUUCUCCACCCCUUUCCUCAACGUAACAUAACUGAAUAACCUAAUGCUGUACUGUACUUGGAGGGGUGGAGGAUGAUAACAUAGCUGUACCUAACAGAGUUGUCCAAGGCAGGGUUCCCUAUUGAAACAGACUGAUGUGCAAGCCUUGCUCCCCCCUCUCUAAUAUCUUCCUAGUGAGUUGCACUAUUUCCUUUGCAGGCAGUGUCUUUUUCAACUUCACUGCUUGGAAAAUUCCACUGACUUCUUCCUAUGCUGUGGCACAUCAGUAGAGGCUGUUGGCGGCAGCAGCAGCAGCAGCAUCUGAGCUUGCAGUUUUCCUGUGGAGCCUGACCAAACAGGCCACCUCUUAGAAGGCGUUUGUCGACAGGUUUUGGUUUCAUUCCAAAGUAGACUUCCUUCUUGUGAAUCUGCAUCUUGUGACUGGGUUGUAUUCAACUGGCUUUUACAUGGGAGUAUUCCCAUUAAAAUUAAUAGACCAUGGUGAAUUGGUCAUGGUAAUUAAUUUCAGUGGGUCUACUCUGAGUAAAAAGUGGAGAGUGCAAGGCAGAUUGCCAUUUCCCUCCCCACUCCAUUCUUACUGCUGACAUUUCUCUCUCUCUCUCUCUCUCUCUCUCUCUCAAUUAAAACAGAAAUAGGUAACACUGUCCUUUUAAUCCUUAGGUUUUGCUGUUGGCACUAAGGCAACUUACGUUGCUUUGAUCAAAAUGUUUACCAACCUGAUUGUAUGCUUCCCCUGCCCCUUUCCUCCAAAGGAAAACAAAACAAAACAAUAAUGUACUGUGAUCUUCCUUUGACAGUCUCCUUGACUCUUUGGAUUGGGCCAGGUAUUGCCUGAUAUGGGAGAAUUCAGCACACUUUAAAGGAAGGCUAUGUGUUUUGGGAGGGCUCUACCCUUUCCCCCAAUGUAUGAAUGUGAAAUGUUUGGUUUGUAGGGCCACUUCCCAAACUUGACUUGACUACCACUGGAGCUAUAUGUGCUGAAGUGGUACACCUGCCUCUCCUUCCCAAGUUUUUGCUUCUAAGAUUUAGAGCUACCUGCUGCUGAAAACUGAACAGGCAAAACCCUGUCAGAGGCACUCUUUAUCUUUUGAAGACGGUUUCAUAUGCAAUGCCUGCCUGCCUGCCUUUUCUGCCAACUCUCAGAAUUUAUAUAAAGCUUUAAAACCGAAUUGUGGGCGAGUUAGCUGUAAGAGUUGGUUCAUUGCACAGCAUAUUUUCCUUCCCGGAGCAUGUCAUUGCCUUUCUGAGCACUUCAGGCAUUUGCUACCUCAAUGUUUAGUUUAAAUUUGCUGGUGCAAAGCUGUGCCUGCCAGCAGCAUCAAUAAGUUUGUGUCAUCUCUGCACCUACAUGGGAAUCCUUUUUAAGCACUACGAACCAAGUUAGAAACAGGGUGGAGUUUAAGUGGCCAUGUUGACUGAGCUCUCUAUUCAGUGACUGUCACAUUUGCCUCGCUGUCACCCUUUCAACUGUAUGUCGAGGGUUGUAUGUUAGGAUUGUUCCUUAGUGCACGGUGGCUUCGUGAGUUGCAGCUGCUCUUCCAUGCAGAACUUGUGUAUUACUAUACAGGUGUAGAACUAUACAGUUAACCAUAAAAGGGUAAGAGCAUAAACUGUUGGCAUCGGCCCCGUGUCAUAUUUCCAUCCUCCCAUCUUCAUGUGUCGCUUAUCUUUCGGUUGAAUCUCAUUUGGGUAAUGAUGGGAAGCUGGCAUCUUUAUCCUUCAUUGGGGAAGGGAGUGUCCACUACCAAAACAAGAGCAUCCCAGGGGUGGAGGUGUGUUUGCAACACUCAUUGGAAAGCAAGGCUCUGUCUUUGCAUUAUUGUGCUUUACGAGUUGCAGGCUGAAAUCAGUGGGAGGAGACUUCCUUAUUCUUGAACAGUAUAGUUGACAACAGGCAUCAAGCCUGCCGUUUAGAAGUUUUGCCCCACAGCUAGUUCAGAAGAAGCACUUUGCUGUAUGUGAGGGUUGUUUGUUGCAUCUUCACACUAGAGAGUUUUCUCUGUUACACAGAGAUUUUUCUCUAUUACAUGGGACUUGAUAGUCAUGAGAUACUGGGAGUGAAAGGCUCGGUGGUGACACCCUUUGCAAUUUCCUAAAAUACCCAAUUUAUGUUAUUUCAUUAGCUGUCUUGGUUUUGAGCAAGCAAAUACCCUGUGGUCAGAAAAGAACUGUGCAAUGUUGGCUUUCAUUUUCCCCGCCACUUCUAGUGCUUAUAUCCAUCCUGCUGGGGACCUCCCUCCUACUGGAACCUAAAUGGAGCCUGUACCCAGAGAAAGCUUCAUUUCUGCCUAGCUUGAAAUUUCUCCUAAGAUGUAGCAGACUCCCUGGAGCUACCGGCAGCUGCUUUCAAUCCAUUUCUCUAAAAGGCUGGCUUGCCCACUGAGACUGUAGCUGUGCUGUUAAGACUUCCUGGAUUUUAUAAUCCUACCGAUCCUGUCCCUCUCAUUGUGCUUUCUGGCAGCCCCAUUUCUCUUGAGAGUGGCAGCUGUUGUCAGGCUCGGGGAAGACGGCUUUAUACAGGAUGCUGAUAAUGUGAAAGUUGGUGUAAAUAAAAUAUAUAUAUAUUAUCACUAUUGUUGGAACAAGCAAAAAGUUCUAUUUCCUUUUUUAUUACUCUUCUGUGCAUAUGUGGUUGUGUAGAAGACCCGAACCCACUAGCACUACACUUCCUGCUCCUAUAGCAUACGGAUAGGAACCCUGAAGGCAAAUGUGUAAAAUAUUUAUGGUUUGUUUCUCUGCCUUGAAGUGCAUUUGUUGAAUUUUGUUAAAUUUCAAUAAAAUUAUUUGUAAGUCCCAGAACUUUACUUUCUGUUUCUGAUUGUCAAUUGGUAGUGGAUCAUCACCCGUUAAAAUGAAGGAACUGGUAGGCCCUUUUGAUUCUAAAUGAAAGUACAUCUCUUCUCUCUUUGUGCUGCUCUGCUAAGCAAGCUACCUUAAGGCACCCUGCUAAUCUUGCCUAAUGCUUGACCUUAUUUUUCUGAAACCAGCAUUCUUAAAUGGUUAGUUUUGUGGCUUGUGGCCUAAAUGCAUUUCAAACUAUGAACUGAUUUUUCUAACAUUGUCUCUUGACUGUUUUGGAGCUUAAGUUCAAGCCAUUGAGUUAUGCUUAGAACUCAGUUUGUAAAUAGAGCAGCCAGCGGUAGCUUAGUCCUCCUACAGCAUCUCUGCAAAUUUAAGCUUAUCUCCUUAUCAAGCUUUACACAACUGUGCUGCCCUUGCAUAAGGCUGCAAAGCCAAGUGCAGCUGCUGCUACUCUCAUUCCAAAUACAAAUGUCCACCUACAGUCAUUCCAUUUGGAGUACUGAUAGACAAAUCGAUCUUAUGUCUGGUGUCUCAAUUUUUCACCCAUAAACCCAUUCUAAAUCUGCACAUCUGUGACUUUAACUCCAAAAAUUCAUUUUAAAAUGUUUUUAUCUCAAUGUACACAUUUCUGAAUGUAUUUACUCUUAAAUAUUUUUUUUUACACAUUUUAGUACAUUUCUUGAGUUGAGAACUGUAUCCCAGAGAAAUGGGAAAUCUGAAGGGAUUAUUAUGUUCCAAUAAGUGUAUUUGUUUGUGAGGUGCAAAUUAGGUCAGUUUGCUUAAAAAUGAGGGCCAAACAAUUUUCCUUCCCUGACUUGGAGUAACUAAUUACUGAUCUCAGUUGGAAUGAUUUUCUAUAGAAAGUAAUUAUUAUCAAUUGAUUAUACCAAAACAUUGAUUAAUUGAAGUCCAUUUACAAACCUUGGCUAUUACUUGUUGAUUGCUGCAGUCUGCAGUUGCUCUCAGUGGUUUGCAGAAAAUUGAGUCCCACCACCCAAAAUAAAGUAACUUGUCAACCUAAACAGUUCAUAGAUAUAUCUGUCUGUUUGAUCCAAACUUGUCUGUAGGAUGUAAUGGUAGGCAUACAGUAAAAAGAGUUAUGUGACAAGUAUGUAGAUUAGAGUCUAGUAGUCUACAAAAGCUUAUGUCACAAUAAAUUUGUUAGUCUUUAAGAUGCCACAGGAUUCUUUGUGUCUGUUGCAACAGGCAAAUACCCUUCUGGAAGUUCUUAGGCACAUAUUAUAUGCAAUAUAAUCAAUAUGAUCUGUUGAAAUAUGGAGGCAAUCUUAUUGAUGGAAUUCAAAGAGAUUAUCUGGUUUCAAGGUCUUUUAGUCUACUGCUGUAGAAGGUAAUUGCUUGGAAUUGUAAUAUGUGGACAAAUUCAACACUUUAUUCAUGGUAGUGUACAAUAGUUUGUACCAUUAGAAUCCGAAUAAGAGUAGGUAUGGUGAAAAUCAAUAAAUACUAUUAUAUCAGUGAUGGGCCCAUAACAGAAUUGGCGGAAAUGACUGGCAGAAUCCAAGACCAGGGAGAAGAGUCGAUGGAAGAAGAUUGGAAAAAGUUUAAAGACUAUUUACAGAAAUAUUGCAAAAUUAAUGAAUGUCAGAAUGAUGUCGGAUAGAAACUAAGUGGUCUUUAGCCGAAAUGUUAUAAGGGAAUAUGAAAAAAAUGGUUUAUUAAUAGGUAAAAAUUUAAAAUUACAAAUACUUUAUGAUUAACGAUUAGGAUACAUAAAGAGGGGAGGGAUUUGUUGAACUAAUAACUGAAUUGGAAUACAAAAAAGGGAGGUGUGAGGAGGUCCUGGAAAUAAGCAAAUGAAGGCUAAGUAACGGAAGGAAGGAAUUGUUUUUAACUGUUUUUAUUAAGACCUGCAAUUCAUCAGAUGUUCAUGUUUUUAGCUGUGAGGGUAGUGGGUAAUUGGAACUGCUGUGUUCUCAGGCCAGGAAGUGUAAUGUAUCAGAUAAGCUGCAGCAGUGUAGACUCUGCCACUUCUUUUGUUUUUGCACUGAUAAGUAUUUAUGCUGGAUUAUUUAAUUCCUAUGACUGAUUACAUCACAGAAGAUGCUAAAUCUGGAGACACCUAUAGAGCAUCUGUCUGUCAAAGCUGCUCCUAUAAAUGAACCAGAGGGUAGCAGUUCGAUAUCUUGAAACUAACCAAGCCAGUGCUAAUGAUUAACUAAAAUUCUGAAAGGCCGGAAGUAAUAAAUUGUGACUUGAAAGCUACAUUAAAUGCAAGCCUGUGGACCAGAGUGCCCUUUGGCCAUUCAUUUGGUAAAUUCCCGCCACUAGUUGCUUUCACACAAUGAAACCACACAUAUUCCUGGAUCUUGACAAAUAGGAAUGUAAUUCCAAACUCUCUUUCUAUUGUAUCUCACACCUUAAUCAUUAGGGUUCCUAGAGCACCAUCUGACCUAUUCCAGUAAGGGUUCCUUAGACUUGGUAUCACAUUAUGACAGUAAGCAGCAUGCUAACUUAGAACUGCUUCCAGUACUGUAUUAUGUGUUGUUUCCUAUGGUUCAUCUUCGUCAUGUCAGUCUGACAGAUGGAUACACUUACAAGCUAGUAUGCCAAUCUGUUUUAUGAGACACUUCCUCUGGGAAUGUGAACUCGGUAUAGGAAACCGAAUCUUCCAUAUAGUUCAUCAUGUGUGGCAAAUGCACUUGCCUAUUCCAAGUACAUACAGAAAAGCAGCUGCGUAUUCAUUUGUCACCCAUCAACUGCACAAGGAUGUAUGCAGUUUCCAUGCUUAUGGGAUGUCUGUGCUUUUAAUAAAUCCCUUCGGGGAGAUGAUUUGUGAAAGCGUCUGCAAGCAUGAAAAAUUAAACAUUUGAAAUGGCAGCGUGUUAUGCUCAAAUGCUGCUGCUGCCCAUAAGGGGGCAGUCUUCAGCUGCUUUGAGUGUCCCCUUCCCACUUCAAACAGCCCUGGCCGCUGUUAGGAUUUUUAGUUUAAUUUCUGGGUUAUGGGAAGGAGUGAGGAUUGUGGCUUGGCCCCCAUUUAGCCUAGACAAUGAGCGAUUUGUUCCAACUUUGCUGUGUCCUGUGGUAUUUCACCCUCUGCUGAGAGGUUUCCUUGGAAUUGUGUAAUAUGACCAGCUUCUGCUAACCAAACCCAUCAGUUUCUGGCUGCUGUGGCCAUGGCAGCUCUAUAAUCAAGUUGUGGGCUCUCAAGAGCAAAACGCGGUGAUGAUCAGGAGAGAGCUCUUGUAAAAAAACUGAAGUGCCUUCUAAGUUACUGCAGUGGUGAUGGAAAGCUUUUUGCCCGGCACCUCGACUUGGUUUGUUGAGGUUGCUUCCAUUCUGCUGGGUCAUUAAUCAUUAGCCAGAGGCCUAUUUAGGUUUCAGUAGCCCAGCAAAAUGUUCCUUAUUUUGGUGUGAGCCAAAAAGACAAAAGUCAGAACUCCUUUUUAUUAUCAUUACUUGAAUAUUUUUGUGCAAGCGUUUACAUUUAAAGAGGAUUCUUCUUCAAGCAGACAGCACUUGUUUCUUGACAAUAUAGAAAGCAAUGUUUGUGCAAAGUCAGUUUAAGAGGACAGUCUAACUUCAAAACAUUUGCUAUGAUUUACUAUGAGUAAGCUUAACAGCACUCCUCUAUCAGCACCAUUACUAAUACAUUAGUGACUCAUCUUUCCUCCAAGCUGUUCAAAGUGGCAUUUAUUAUCCGUCCGUCCCCUUCCUAUUAUAUCCUCACAACGACCCUGUAAGGUAGGUUAGGCUGAAAGACAGUGACUGGUCCAAAGUAAACCAGGGAGCUUCAUGGCUGAGAGGGGAUUUGAACCCUGGUCUCUCCUGUCCCAGUCCACCACAAUAGCCACUGCACCACGCAGGCACAUCCAAUUUCCAAGAGACUGCAAUCUACUCCCACUAUAAAAAAAACUAUCUGAAGAAGUGUGCAUGCACACAAAAGCUUAUACAGUGGUACCUUGGGUUACAUACACUUCAGGUUACAGACUCCGCUAACCCAGAAAUAUUACCUCGGGUUAAGAACUUUUCUUCAGGAUGAGAACAGAAAUCGUGCUCCGGCGGCGCAGUGGCAGCUGGAGGCCCCAUUGGCUAAAGUGGUGCUUCAGGUUAAGAACAGUUUCAGGUUAAGAACAGACCUCCAGAACGAAUUAAGUACUUAACCUGAGGUACCACUGUACCAAGAAUAAACUUAGUUGAUCUCUAAGGUGCUACUGGACAAUUUUUGUAUAUAUUUUGACUGCGUCAGACCAACACAGCUACCUACCUGAUUAUAUAAAAAAAACUGGCAGUGAUCUACCCAUUGGCUUGACCAGAGUUGUUGAGCUUUUGGGGGGAGGGGGCGAUCAGGGUUCCAGGAUCAACCCGGGACAUCCCUCGAUCAACCUGUAGAUCGCUGAUUGGACAUCCCUGCUCUAUAGAGAUGCAAUGUUUAUCUUAAUUUCUUAUUUUAAUUUAUUUUGAUCAGUUGAAAAGGUGACCCUGGUUGUUAUUUAAAAGUAUAUAACUUAAUGCACCAUUUACAAGUCAAUGGGUGACAAAACACUUUUAAGAGGAAUUCCUUUCACAUGCCUGCUGGGACAUAUAAAUGCAUUAUCUAAAAACAAAGGGUCUUCUUUCUUCAGAACUAUUUACAUGUAAAUAUAUGCAGAUUUAAUUGAGGGGUUAAAACUCCUGCUUGAAUAAGAUUUCUUUAAUCAAGUGACAGCUCUAUUCACACUUCCUUUUGUGUUCUUGUAGCUGAUAAUGUUUGAAUUAUAUGCAUUUUCUUACAUAUAUUGGCCCCAAACAUACCACUUUGCCAAACCUUUUCUGUCUGAAGCUUUUAGAAAAUGGACUUCAUGACAGCAAGAUCUGAGAUAGAUUCUGAGGCCUGGGUGCUUUUCUUGAGCAUCCAGGAAUCAUGAUCUAGACCCACAGCAAGUUCUGUCUUUGGAGAAAGAAAGAGAAGACUCCAAUGAACUCAGCCCAUGGCUGUGUGAGCUCAUACGUACAGUGGGGGGAUUGGACUCUUGGGUGUAGAAAUAGGAGAUGUGCAUCCAUCAGACACAGAGGAAACACACCAAGGAGCCUCACCUACCAGUGCUCCUCAAUCUGUGCCUACCAAUGUGCCCCAGAGUGUUUGAAGAUGCUCAUCUCUCCUUCAGAUUAUGUAUACUUGAUGUUCACGUAGCUGUGUAAGUAGAAGCCUGUUGCUAUUUAGCCCGAACCAACCUAUUUCCCAAGCCAGGUCAGCACCAGUACAUUUCAGUUACAACUAUAGAAUCAAACAGAUACCUUUAGUGUGUAAAAUUUCAGAUUCAUUGUGUUCAUCUCCUCAGUAAGUAGCUCUCCACAAUGCACUGCCUGGCAGUGAAGGUGCUUUCACUCUUAUGUGCCCUAGGGAUAUGAUUAUUUUCCUAUACUGUAUACAGGUUGGCUAGAUAGGUCCUAUCCAUCCUAGGUUUUCAGAGGCAGAAGCUCAGGUAAAACACUGACUUGCAGCUUGCUUGGCUCAUUUCCCUUAAGACAGUGGUUCCCAGUUAGCUAAUUACUGAGGACCCCCUGUUUUCAAAGCCUAAGCCCCGGCCCCCUACUUUUGAAAAUGUUGAUAACUCUCUGGUUAAACCUCUGCAAAGCAGUUUUUAGAACAAAAUGUGGGGUAGCCCCUAAUAUGCAAAAACGGCAAAAAUUUAGUUGGGAGGGAGGCACGGAAUGGGGCUGAGGACCCGCCUAUUAGUGGUUCCCCUAAUUGGGAACCGUUGCCUUAAGACAUAAUGACACAAUGCAAAGUCAAAUAGAUUUUAUUUUUAGUUGUGACAGUUAUAGCAUUAGCCCAGCAUAAAUAAUAAAUAAAUAACUGAUAAACAUAUAUCAGUUUGGAUAUGGAAGGAAUUCUUCACACUCAUUCCAAAAUGCUUUCUUUGCUUCAGUAAUUAAACAAAGGCUUAUUGGCAUUAGACUCCUGAAGUUUGUAGCUGUCUUUACCCCCAAGGCCUUUUAAACACUUAAAAGGCCACUGCAGGGCUUGCCAAGGUGAAAGGGCAAGGCAUUCCAGGAACCAUUAAAUAAAUUUCAAAAUCUCUCCCCCUUAGCUGGGGUCUAGAGAGAUGGGAAAGAUUUGGCAGGUCUCCUGCUUUGAAGAGUGAAAACCUCCCUUCUCUCCCUUCCUGCCUAUCCCCCAACCCUCACUUCAGCGAUGAUGCACUUUUGGUCUUCCCCGGUGACAAAAGGUUAUUCAGUCCCAAAGGGCACAUGCUAUGCUGUGAGAUCAGAGGAAGUGGCUAAUUGGGCUCUGAAAUAUGUUGCCUCUGCAGUGCAAGGUCAUAUUUUGAGCCUGGAGAGUAACAAAGAAGGGCAGAUGGUUUGCCCUGAACUAAGACCAGCUGGUGUAGAGUCAUCACUGGAUCAGAUAAAUGGCACUGAUGAAAGGGUCACUUGGAGACAAAUCUGAAGCUGCUGGGGGGGGGUGUCAGAAAAAUAAUUCAUUGCUGUGAAACCUAUUGCCCCAAUGACAUCUCUCAGCCCUUGCCACUCUCAAUGUUCCCUAGAAUUUGAUUGCCCUGUGUUUUGUCAUAAUGUAUGGGGCGCUUACUGCUGAGAUAUUAUGUAGCAGCAUUAGAUAUAAUUUGGGAAUCAUAGCUAAAGGGAUAGUAGUUAGGACAGGGUUAAAAGGGAGCAGAAGUCCAUUUACUCUGCUUCCUUGAAGUUAAGCUGACCUAUCCACCCACAUGCUUCAUAGCCCCAUCUUCUGGCCUCCGUAGGCCACAGGAUUAGGACUGCACUGCAUUAAUAAACUUGCAAAGCAGUAACUCCAGAUUACUCCAGCAACUGAGCACAGUGUUUGCAUGUACACAUACUCUGCUAUCCAAUUUGAAUUAAAGGAAAAAUCUUUUUUGACACAAAAUACGCAGUAAUCCUGAAUAUAAGUAAAUCCCAUCAACAGAAACAUAUCGGGGGAGAGCUCCAUGCCAUCCAUGUAUUUAUUUUAUUACAUUUUUAAUCCCACUCUUCCAUUAGGGGCUGAAGGUGGCUUGCAAAUUUCCCCCUCCGUGUCUGGUUUCACCCUCUACCUAUUUUAUCCUUCCAACAACAUACAACACUACUGUCCCGGGAAAACCAGGACAUCCUGUUUUCUUUUCGUGCAAGAGCACAGCAGCCAUUUGGGGUACUGCAAUCUUGCCACUGGGGAAACCCAGCCAGAUGGGCGGGUAUAAUUAAAUUAUUAUUAUUAUUAUUAUUAUUAUUAUUAUUAUUAGGGGGGAAGGAUCUCACACGGGAGCAUGGUCUUGGAGGACAGUAUCUCGGUUUUUUGCCCCAAUGUGUUUGAGGGCAUGGCAACAACAGUGUGUCGUUGGUUAGGCUGGGAAAAAGCAGCUGGCACUAUGUCAUCUACUAAGUUUGAGGAAUGGGUGGGAAUUGGAACCUGGAUUGUGUCAGUCUUCAUUUGGCGUCUAGCCACCCCCACCCCCAGUAGAGAAAGCUUUCUAGUUCUAAUCCUGCUUCUGGUUGUAACAGGCUCUGAUGGCACAGAAAGAGAGGAGGGAGAAUGAGACUUCUGACUUCAAUGAGUCGCAACACUUAAAAUAAAAAGACACCAAAACACACUCUCAAAAUCGUACAAUAAUGUGCUUGAGCAGUGUUGUUCCUUCCAAAAACCAAACAAUAGAUAGCAUGGUUUUGUAAUUAUGAUAUAUGACAGGAACCUAAGUGUAAACGGAGUUGUUGUACAGAGGGAGUGGUUCAGGGGAACACUCUAGACAAAUAGACUUGUUAUUGUUAAACUAUUCUUUGCCUAUCUCUGUGAGCAUAAUUUUAUAAAAUUUUCAGCAGCAAAUGUUACAUAAUUGUGAUGGGUCAAGCAAUCACGUGCUACAUAACCAGAGGACCAGAUUUUCUUUUGGAAGAAGUAUGAUGCUUUCCUAAGUAUCGGUUUGAGUGAAAAUGCAGUGCAAACAACUCCACAUUCACACGCGUUUGAGGCACGUGCGACUGCGCACACACGCAUCACCGCAAACCUGGAACUGACAUGAAAAGGGACAAAAAUGGUCCUAAAAGAGCAUGAACACGGGAAAUAAUGGUGCAGAAACUGCUCCUAACAAUCCCAGGAGCCCUUGCACUGACCUUUGAGGCCUGUGGAGAGUUGAGGUUUGAGCAAGGAGGUUUGGGAGAGUGAUUGUGGUGUUUGCAGGCCUUACGGUUGCCAUGCGUACAGGAUUUCCCAGACAUAUCUGGAAUACAGCUGUCUCUAGCAGUGUCCAGGCAGAAAUCAGCCAAAUGUCCAGGAAAAUCCGGACAUAUGGCAGCCCAUGACAGCUGUUUAAAAUAUGGCAACCCUAAUAUACACAAUUUCACUUAAACUUGCGGUGCCUUGGAAUAUCACCACCCACAUAAAUGGGGAGUUGCCAGUAACUGUACAACUAGUUUACAGCCUUGAGAAGACAGUCUGUGCAGCAAAUGAAAAAACAAAUAACUAUGGAUUGUACCCAAAAAACACACCACUGCCCUGGUAAUGUGAAAAGCUACUUAAUUACUGUUCCUACCAAGUUGGCUCCAAUCAAGUAUGCAUAUGCUAUUCAGAGAUAAACUCUGAAAGUAGCAUGAUGGAUUUCACCUGGCUGUGUGCCAUCCCUUAGCGUAGACCCUGCUUGGUAUAAAAGAAAGACUUGUCAACUUCAGAGCCUUAUCAUUUCUAUCAGGCUUCAGAGUGGGUGGCAUGUAUGUGGAAUCACAAAAGAGAGGAUGUCUACUCCCAAGAGAGAAUAGAAUAGCUCAGGAUAAUGGUAAAUCAAGGCCAAGUUGCUCCAGAGAUUCUAGCACAAGAUCUUGCGUGGCUACCAGAAAGGAGUUUAUAUUGAAAGGACAAUAAUACUAUGAUGGUGGCUGUUAUAUUGUUUUAGGUUUGGUGGUGGUUGUUAUAGUGUUAUAAUAUUAUUGAUGCAAAGCUUAUUAGGAAACGAGCACAAAAAAGCAUGUCCUUAUGGACAGUUAAACUGUUUUAUAGAAUAAUGGCAGAGCUGGAGAGGAAUAAAAUGUGGUUAGAGAAGUCACAGAGAGCUGCAAUUUUCUGAUGUCCCCAGUGCUGAGUGAGUGAAGCUGCCUUAUGUUGUUGGAUGGUCCAUCUUGGCCAAUUUUGUCUACUUUGGUUGGCCGUGACUCUUCAUUAUUUUCGGCAGAGAAUGCUCUUUUCCUGCCCUGCUACCUAGAAUCAUAGAUAUUGAAUAUAGGGUGCUGAUUAAAAAUAACAAAGGGAAAUGUAAAUGCUUUCUUUGCGGGAUUAAAGACAGAUGCUUAAUCACUGCCUUGAGUGACAGCGGUAUGUCUGAGGCUCAGAUUUCUACCUGCCACCAACACUUCUUUCUCUGACAUAAUUAUUAUGUUUUUAUGAUGCCUUUGGGAAUGUAUUCUGGGAAACUUGGGGUUUAUGUAAGCGCCUUUUGCAGGGGUACCCCAAGCUUUAUUGCUCUUUAACACACCCCAUUGCUGUUCUCUUCUUUGUGGGAGGCAAGGGGUGCAGACUCCCAGUAGCCCUUGGUCCCUUGGGCUGAUUGGAGAGUGUACUUUGUUACCCCUUGUCUUGGUUCUUUGGACAGAGAGGCUCUAUUUAUUAUGAAUUUGGUAUAAUGAGGCUUCAGUCUUGGGCCAGUGUUCUGCAACAAUCAUGUUUAACAUUCCUUGCGCUGGAGGGGUGCUGUCACUCCCCACCCCACCCUGCCUUUCCUGUGGGGUGGCGUUGCCUCCGCUGCCUCCUGGGUUUCAUUGUUCAGCUAGGUCUUCCUGUGACUGAGCUUCUAUUUUUCCUCUCCAUGUCACAUCCAGCUCAAGCCUCUCCCUUCUGCACUUCCCCUGCUUCUGUGGCAUUUACACCCAGAAGGCUCUUGCAUCCAGCCACCCUCCCCCAACCCACGCAACCUUUCGGCCCUUCAGCCAUUGUUCCAGAUGCAUUGUGCACAUUCCCAUUCUUGCCUUUUAAGUCAGUCCCGCCAAGGCCCUGCGUGCUUCUGAUCCUUUUUUCUUGGAACCCAUCCAAAAUGUCUGGCUACUGCAGCGGCCAGUGCUGAAUCCCUUAUUCUCGCCACUGCUCUGUCUCAGUAGCAACUGUAAAAACCUCUCAUAACCCAGGAAGUCUCCCCUCCUCCUGUCUUUUCUCAAAUACAUUUCCAGACUCCUUUUGAGGGCCACACACCUGUUUCCUUUACAAGCUCUCCUGAGAUUUUGCUCCCCCUUUGUGUAUACUAUUCUGGUUUUCAAAGGGAUGGCUCAGGGAAAUGGUCUCAUCGCUAGUUAUAUAGAUAUUAUCUUUGCAGAGAGACUGUUGGCCAUGACUUUUCUGAGCAUAUAUUAAGCCAAUAUUUUGGACCAUUCUCUCACACAGGAACUAGCCUGUUUGAGUGGUAUUAGUGGAGCAAUGAAUGUGUUGGGCAUGUAUUUAGAGGGAGAGCCUGUGUAUGGGAAAGAUCCAUAGGGAAGUGCAGCAUAUGCUCUUGCUCACAAAGUCACAGUGUGUGCAUACACACACACACACACACACACACACACACACGAGUGUGGCGUCCCUGUGUCAAGGAUGGUUGGUAAGCAGGUUAACUAUCACUGGAUAGCCCCUAACUGAAACACACACACCCCAUGCAGGAAGAGUGCGCUUUAGGACACAAAUGAAGUGUGAGCUGUACUGGUUGGGUGUCCCUCAACACUCCAGUGCAGCUUUUGCACUUCUAACUGUCUGAAAUGGCAAGCCAAUUUUGUCCAUAAAAAUCAGUGGGAGUGAUUGAAAGCCGAACUGCGUAGGUUCUGUUUCUUCAUCACGCAGAUAGCUCAGUUGGUAGAGCAUGAGGAUUGCGCGUUCAAGACCCAUGUUGGGCAAAAAUAUUCCUGCUUCACAGGGGGUUGGACUAGAUUACCCUCGUGAUCCCGUCCAACUCUAAAAUUCUUUGAGUCAAUGAUUCUAAGAAUCCAGGAAUAUGUUUUAAUGCAUACUGACAAGACACCAGGAGUGGAUUUAGGACAGCGCGACUGGUUCCGCCACUCUGGAUGCCGAGCCUAAGGAGAGCAGCAGGGUGUCACAACUAUGAUGUAGUGAAUGGAGCAGAACGGAAGGUAAAGGGCAGGGGGCGCUGAGUUUUGGCCUCGCAUGGGGCACCACUGAAAUUUGAAAGACCAAAGUCCACCCUGAAAACACUGAUAGGAAGAUCAGUUUGCAAAAGUGGGAUUUGCUUUUACUCUGAGGAUCCCACUGUUUAUUUAAAAACCAUGGAGCCUGUUCCUGCAGGAGGGUUUGAAGCUGUAGGAAUACCAAGAGGAGCCUGGCAGCCUGAGUCAGUACAGUCGCGCCUUGGAAGCUGAAUGGAAUCUGUUCCAGAAGUCUGCUCAACUUCCAAAAUGUUUGGAAACCAAAGCACGGUUUCUGAUUGGUUGCAGGAAGCUCCUGCAGCCAAUCAGAAGCCACAGAAGCCCCGUCGGACGUUUGGCUUCCAAAAAUAGUUCGCAAACCGGAACAGUCACUUCCAGGUUUGUGACGCUUGGGAGACAAAACAUUUGAGAACUAAGCUGUUCGAAAUCCAAGGUACAACUGUAAUUUAUGCUGCCUAAUGCAGAUAUCUUGUUUUGAAGUGACUAUACCUUGCCAAGUAUAGUCACACAUGUGACUAUAAAAGCUUAGUUUGCCCCUAUUCCUAGUUUGCACACUUGCUAGAGUUCCUUGCUCAGGUUAUUAAUUCUUGCUCAACCCCCCCCCUACACUUCUCAAUGUGGAUUGAGCAUUGGGAAGCUAACCCAGGACCCUGUAAAGGAAGAGUAGUGGAAGAAAUGAGAAGUGGAAUAUCCAUGAUCAGGAGGGGAAGGGUGGGCAGGGGCAGUGCUGGAACUUGCCAGGCAAAGAUCUGUUUUCCCAACCAAUCUCCAAUUUGUUCAACUUACAUUAUUUUCCUCUUUCUGGUUAUUCCAUCUGUGAUGACCCCUGAACAAUAAAAGUCAAGCCAGGGUUCCCCUGGCAGCAGUCCUGCUCCCCAUCUGCUCAUUUCCUUCCUUCCCCGACUCUCCCUGAUGCUUCUCUUCAGGCUAUCUUUACUUCACCAUCUAAGUUUUUUAAACUUCUAAAAGUUGCACUUGCUCAUUGGAUAUGUAUGACAUCACACUUACAUCAAUAGCUACUAGCAAAUCCAAGGCCUCAACCUAUGUCCACCCCUGCCCCUUGUUGAAGGCACAGCUGGUAUUUAGUGGCUAGAAUGAUGCUCAGUUGGAUCAGGGAGGCCUAUGUUCAAAUUCUGUCACUACCUCUCAACCUAUGUUGCCUCAUAUAGCUGUUCAGAGAAUAAAAUGAGGGGGGAAGGACGGGGAUUCAAAGGUCAUAAAUAAGGUGGAUAGGCUUAAAGCUGUUGCCAUACGAGUUGCAAAGCAGACUGUAAAGGGAUUGAAAAACCUGCAUCGAAAGCAACAGAGAAUUAAUCGAGGUACAUUCCCUUGUCUCUCUCCUGAAAGAGGUAAUCAUGCAGGGUGAUCAAGGCAGUUUCUGUGCCAAAACAGGGCAUUAACUCAGAUUAAUAUUGAGCUAGAGAAUCGGUUUCAUCCAAGCAUGUCUGGAUCUGGCCUGUCACCACCCACCUGAGGACCUUGCCCAAGAAGGGAAGAUUAGUGACUGACUGACUGACUGGCUGGUAGUUAUUUAUAUUUUCUGAGUCCAGGGAGGGUUUCUUAAGAAGUGGUUGUAACUACUACCUCCUUUAAGCAGGCAGGGACCACCCUAGGGAUCACAAGGAGGGAUUAACCACCUCCCUGCCACAGCAGUAUCUUCCUUGCAAGUUUUUAUCAGCCAUGAGGGGCAAGAGCACAGGUAUUCGGACCAAGUCAAGCACUUUGUCCAUGCCUUACUAACAUGAAUUCAUCCAACACAACAGCACCAGCCAGUGUUCUGGACACCUCUUGAGACUCAUCUGCUGUAACAGUGGAAUCAAGGUCCCGGCAGAGACAAGUGAUUUUAGCCUCAAAAUGUUUUGCAAACAGGUCACAAUGAGCUACUGUUGGUUCUACCAGCUCCUUUGGGCCAGAAUGCAAUUGGCUCAGUACUACCUGGAAAACCUCUCUUGAAUGGCAUAGUGAGGGUGCAAUGGAAGCAGCACAGCAUGCCUUCACUGCCACCACGUAAGCUCUGGCAUAUACUGAUAGCUUCUGCAAAUUACCUGUGAGCGCUCAGUUUUCUUCUAUCCCAAUCUAUCUAUUCUAAGUACUAUAUAGUGGUUUGUCUUUCUUUAAUAACUGUUUCCUAAACAACCUACUUGUAAGAGCCAAGCUUCAAAAAAGUGUAAUUUGCAGGAAGCGAUCUGCAAAUUAAACAAACAAGGAAAACAAUAUCUGGAAGAUGUCAAUUGCAUUUCAGAUUCAGACUGGUAUCUACAAAGAGGUAGAUAAAAAGACACAUUUACCUCUUAAAAGGCAGCAUCAUAUGACUUAAACAUCCCUGCUUAUAUGAAGAAAUUAUUUGAAAAUAAAGUAGGGUUUCUUGGGUGGCAGUGGGACAUUCAGCACAGUUGAGGACACCAUGAUGAAAGGAAUACAAAUCAAACCAUUUUAGGGGCAGAUGAGAGAUUUGCUUUGAGCUGAGAAGCAUUUUGCAGGCAGUGUUGCAGGAAAAUUUCCUGUUGACCCGUUUUGAGGGGUGGGAUGUUGGGGGCGCAGUGAGUUGGGAGUGUUUCCUUGUCUUCUUUGUGUUCUGUUCUGUUCUGUCCUUUGUGGAUGGGAAGGCAAAAAUGUCACUUCCUGACUACGUGCCGGAAUCAAUCUUUCAGCAGCAGAGGAAAGUAGGAAACUUAGAAGACCUGCAUAAUAGGUUCCCAAAGAAAGGGGCAUUAUCUCUUGGGAGCCUUUCCUGCUCCAACCACAACGUCAGGGAAUUAUCAACCCUUACAAUGUCAUUGUCUACGAUUACAGUCAUUGUCUACGAUUGCUUGCCUUGGAUGAUGCACACAGGUGAGAUUCUGCUGAUAAAAGAAGAAUGUCAUAUGAGAACAACACAGCUCAAUAAGUUCCUCCAUAACCUUCAACAGUCCCAGCAGCAGUUGGAACCUCUGAGGACUGAGAGGAGGCAUCUAACACCUUUGCUCCUCCAACACCUGCUUCCAGAGCCCAGGGGCUGGUCUAUAAGAGACAACAGAAAGUAGUGAGGAAGCCCUGACCUGCAAGGGACUAACACACACCUGGCUGCUUCAAGUCAGUUUCUGGGCAGGAGAUUUAACCAUUGGUGGAGGAAGGGGGUGCGGUCUGCUCCAGGUGUCAUCCCUGGGGGGGGGGUGACAUUGUUGCACCGCCCCCAACUAGCCCUGCCCCCCAGGUGCACAGCAUGUGCACCGCUCCGGGUGCCAGAGCAGCUUGCUCUGCCUCUGUAUUCAACUGCUGCAGACUGGCACUUGCUGGAACAUCAGAGAACUAAGAGGAGAAAUUUAUAUACACCUUUGCCUCGCUCUAGUGCUGUCUAUAGAAUUGUCUAUUUUACUGUAUUGGAAGCUGCCUCGAUAACUUUUGAUUUUUUUUUUUGGUACAGUCUAAAUACUCCAAAAUAAACAAGACAAACCAAAACAAAUCGAAAGCCAGGACUUAACAACAUGCUUUCUGUCUUCCUGUAAAAAAUGUUUUGUGUUUUUUUUAAAAAAAAGAAUAAAAUAAAAUUCAGUUUGAGGAAAAGUUUUGUGUAACUCUAAAGCUUACAUUUCACAUUUUAAAAUUUAGUGGGUCCUAAUAAAUGUGUUGCGAUACUGUCCCAGCAGAUCUUUGACUCUUUGGCUCCAUGCCUUGUUUGAGUAUAUGUUGUCCAGUGCUGUCUCUCCGCAUUACCCACAGAGCUGGCAUGGAGCGGAGUUUGAACAGCUGUUCCUUCUAUUCCUCCUUGAACCUUCUGGAGGGGUGACUCACUGGCUGUUUCCUUUCCUGAAUACAACUCCCGUCCCCAGAACCGUCCUGCCAUUCAGGGACUCUGGCAUCGAACUCGGUCCAAAUGUAGGGCAGUUGCCCUUGCACUUUAGAUGUUCUUUCUGCAGCACUGCAUCCUCCUGCCUCCCUGUUCUUCCUUCGCCUGCUGUGCCAUCCAAAGGCCUGGCCUGCCAAAGAGCCUGUCUCAAACCCAGUGGAAACCCUUGAAACUUAAAAGGUGUAAAGGAAUAACUGGCUCCCAUUGGCACUCAUAUGGUUGAUAUAUAGUGGGUAUGGAUGUAUGGAGCUCUGAAUGAAAUCCACAGGUUUUUACCUAGCCAUGCACCUCUUUUUUUAGCCUCAUUAUGCUCCUUCCCCCACAGGUCAAGUUCCAAAAACAAUAGCUGUCAAAAAAGGGCAAGGGGGCUGGAAUUCCGCCCCCCUCCCUGUAAUUCAAGCACAGGAUUAGAUAAAUACAUGGAUGAUCAAUGGCUAAUAGUCAUGAUGGUUAUAUGAUACUUCCAGGAUCAAUGACAGCAUGCCUCUAAACGCCAAUUGCAAGGAAAUAGCUGUGGAAGAGUUUUCUUGCCCUCACAAUCUACUCGCGGGCUCCCCAUUGUCUGCUGUGAGAAACAGGAAGAAGGUCUAGAUAAAAGACUUUGGGCUGAUGCAGCAGGCCUCCUCUCAAAUUCUUUUGACCUUUGCCUGUCUUUCUUUGAACUGCAGACCCUCCUGCCAUAUCUCAGGCUGCUUUCUAGAGUCUUGUCAGUCUUGAACAUUGCCUGCCAGGGGACAUGGGCAUGGGGAGGGGGGCCACUGCAGUUUGAGAAAGCCUCUCACAAGUGUGCAGGACGAGUUGUGUGGUUCUUUGGAUCCCGGUAAAUCAUGUACAAAAGAGAUAUAUGAAGGAAAUCUUUCUCCAGCUCCUAGUGGAAAAUCCCUAACUCAGCCCUUCCUGGAACAGUCCCUUCCCCUGCCCUGCCAAACCCAGAAGACAAACCUGCCUUUGAACCAUGCAGCAAAACCCCAGUACUGCUCCAGAUAGCUGUGCUCUGUUGCCAGUUCCUUCCUCUGCUGAUCCAGGUUCUUGAGAUGCCAGCCCGGGUCUUGCUCUUCACAGCAGCACUUCCUAUACAAGCCAAUGGGGUCAAGAUCUUCAGUGUAAGGUAUGCCCAGUACCAUACCUGAGGCUUUUUCUUUCCUUUCCCUGUAGAGACACCAUGUCACCAUGUCUACACAAAAUUCUAAUAUUUUGGAUCCAAAAAUGAUAUGUUGAUGCUGCAUCCCUAAAUAUUGUCAUGUGUUUGCGGGUGCCUCGACCCCCCUAAAUUCCUUGUUCUAGUGGGUACUGGAGUUUAAUUGAGGCUUAACGUCCAGAUGCUGGAUUUAGCAAAGUGUUAAAAUGCAGGCCAAACCAGUUUCCCAUUCAGGAAAUUGCAUGGGAGAAGAGCCAUUAUGGAUAACGAAAGGAAGGUAACAGGCGAUUAACAAAGCAAACAAUCUGUGCCAGGUGGGUGUGAGCCCCUCCUUUCACAGAAAGAUACGCGAAGCAGGGUUGAGUUUAGGAUUGUAGUUGGCUGGGAUGUGGCAGAAAAUAGUGCCAGUCUAUAAAACGCAGCAAACUGGAGCAAAGCCUCAGAGAGCCAUGGCAGAUUUCUGUCUGGAUCCAAGGCCACAGCCAUGGGAGAAGCAAAACCCUAGAGGAGUGUUAAUGCUGUGAGCCCUUCCACCACAGGCUCAGGUUAUAUAUGUGUGUAAAUGAACCAUAUACCAUAAAGACACCACAGUCUCUGCUGUGCCUCAUUUCCAAAAGGAAACGUGAUCCCUGGCUAAGUGCCUGGAAUCUCUGGAGCCUCUUCCACUGCUCUUGGAGAUUGGGGGUGGCAUGGAACAAUAUACAGUGGUACCUCGGGUUAAGUACUUAAUUCGUUCCGGAGGUCCAUUCUUAACCUGAAACUGUUCUUAACCUGAAGCACCACUUUAGCUAAUGGGGGCCUCCUGCUGCCACCGCUGCACGAUUUCUGUUCUCAUCCUGAAGCAAAGUUCUUAAUCCGAGGUAAUAUUUCUGGGUUAUGCUACAACAGCAGCAAGAAUACUUAUCGCAAAGUAUUGGAAGACACAAGAUCUACCCACUUUGGAAGAAUGGCAGAUGAAGGUGAUUGACUACAUGGAAUUGGCGGAAAUGACUGGCAGAAUCCGAGACCAGGGAGAAGAGUCGGUGAAGGAAGACUGGAAGAAAUUUAAAGACUAUUUACAGAAAUAUUGCAAAAUUAAGGAAUUUUAGAAGGAUGUCGGACAGAAACUAAGAGGUUUUUAGCUGUAAUGCUUUUAAGAGACAUGAAAAAAAAAAAAGGUUAACAAUUGGGUAAAAGAUUAAUGGUAAGGAUUUGCUGAACCAACAAAAUGAAAUGGAAUAAAAAGAAGGGAGGUAUGAGGAGGUCCGGGAAAUAAGAGCAAGGAAGAUAGGUUAUGGAAAAUUAUUGUGCUUUUAACUGUUUUAUUUUGUAUGUUUUUCCUUAUUUUUUACGUUUUUGUUAUAUCUUAAAAUCUUAUACUUUUUUCUUUAUUCUGUAUUUUCACGUAUUUUUUGAAACUUUAAUAAAUAUCAUUAUAAAAAAAAAAAAAUUCUGGGUUAGCGGAGUCUGUAACCUGAAGCGUAUGUAACCUGAAGCAUAUGUAACCCAAGGUACCACUGUAUUCACAAGGGGACCCCAGUGUGACUUACUUCAGAGUAAACAGGCAUAGGGUUGUAUUUUAAGUUUCUUUUAAGUGUAAUGGGAAAUCUCUGGCCCUCUGUAUGUUGCCGAACUGCAGUUUCCAUCAGCCUCAGCCAGGGAGUUGUAGUUCAGCAAUAUCUGGAGGGCCAAAGGUUCUCCACACCGGCCUUAGAGCCUUUAGUCCUCUCAGUAUAAAGCAGCACAACCUGCUGGUGCUCAGCAGUGUACUAGUUGGGCAUCCUGUUCUGCGUCAGAAGGAUCUUUAUGUCAGCAGAAAUUCUGGAAUGUUCUCAUCUGUGUUUGUUUUUUUCUGAGCCCUCCAGAGAAUGGGAUGUACUGCUGUAAAUCAUGAGUCGUAUCCAGUGUUAGUCAUAGAGCAGAGUCAUCAAAAUUAAUGGACAGGACCACCUCAGGUAGUAAAACUUUAGUUGGCCUUAACCCAAUGUUUCCUGUACUCAGUGCAACCCAGCGUGACAUCCUCUGUAGGAUCCCAAUUUAACGAGAGAUGUAAGCCAUAUUCCAUGCCUCAUUCCUUGUUGGAUAUCUAGGUAAGGUAAAGGUAAAGGGACCCCCGACCAUUAGGUCCAGUCGUGACCAACUCUGGGAUUGCAGCGCUCAUCUCACUUUAUUGGUCGAGGGAGCCGGCGUACAGCUUCCGGGUCAUGUGACCAGCAUGACUAAGCCACUUCUGGCAAACCAGAGCAAUGCACAGAAAUGCCGUUUACCUUCCCGCUGGAGCGGUACCUAUUUAUCUACUUGCACUUUGACGUGCUUUCGAACUGCUAGGUUGGCAGGAGCAGGGACCGAGCAACGGGAGCUCACCCCGUCGCAGGGAUUCGAACCGCCGACCUUCUGAUCGGCAAGUCCUAGGCUCUGUGGUUUAACCCACAGCACCACCCGCGUCCCUGGAUAUCUAGGACUAGGCUCCAAAUCCCAAACCCACCUUCCUGGAUUAAAAAUGAAAGACCCAGUCUCUCCCACAUUACUCUUUGAUUUCCAAGAGUGAAGAGAAUAGGCUCUUGAUGCCUGAAUGCCCACAUAGGCAAAUUCAUGCACUCAGCCUUGAGAUGGAAUAUUUCCCUUCAAGAUUAAGAAUAGGGGCUUACAGGAUUGCAGGUCACCUUGCAACAGAGCGGCGUAACCUGCUGCAAGUGGUGUUGUGGGUAGGGAGGGUGGUGCCGUAUCUUGAAGAAUACUGAACCUGCCCUUCCCACUCUCUUUAAAAAAUAAAUAAAUCCACUCUCCAACUUUUCUGCAUGAGUGAUUCUGUGAUUUUCUUCUCCUGGACUAUUCCCCAUUCCCCCCUUCCAGCUGCAGUGAGGAUUCACUGCCCCUGUACUGCUGUGAUUACUUGUGUGAAUCUAUAGCCAAGUAGGUAACUAUAGUCAGGAACACUCUGGAAGACUUCAUUUCCUUUUAAUCUCCUCUCGUGAUCCUGAAAAACACUGCAGAGUUGCAUCUUUGGGGCAGGAAGGAACCGAGGCUCAAAUGCUGACUCAGUUCUUCUGGCAUCACCAUCAGCAUUUUGACAAGCAGAGGAAAUCCUGCUCUCAGGAUACUGAGAUGUGUCCAUACCUUCAAACUGAGAUCGUUGGAAUUGCAAGGUCAAUUGUAAGUACUGACCAGAUAUUUCCAAGCGCUGCAGAAGUAUUGGAACUGCACUGGCUUGCUGAUGUGGUGAACAGGACGUGGGAGAUUGGCAGUGUUGGUGGGGAUAUAGAUGCGCCAAUAGGAUCCAUUUUAUGCCAGGAGUUAUUUUAAAAUAACAGUACCUUGAUUCACUUCAGCUUCUGACUUGUUUGCACUCCCAUGGGUGAAUGAGAGGCAGAAGGAAGUUGAAGGAGAAUCACUAACCUCUGGCAAAAGCAUAUUCCAGGCCUUUGACUCAUCUCUCUUUAAUGACAGAAAAAUGCUUAUUUAAACGGUAGCAGGGGUCUGUCAUCAUUGGUGUAGAGUGAUGCACGAGUGGCUUGCAAUAAUGAGCUGCAAGAAAUGGCUAAGUUAGAGGUUUGCAAGAGAAUGUCUAGGGUAUCUGCUGAGAAAUCCAUUGUCCCUUUGAGGUUGAGGCUGAGCAGCUCAAACAGAGGCUCUCAGACUUGUUCUUGGAGCAGUUUUGGUGUUCUGUGGAGACCUGGCAAGAACGUCCCUAUUACUCUGGCUUGGGUUCUUUUUCCAGUGGCUAAACCUAAUAAAGAAAGCUAAUUAUAUAAAUAUAUUUUUCCGCUCUUUGCAUGGAAACAAGUUCUUGAUGAUGCAACACUGAAGCAAAGAAAAAAAUGUCUACAAGGCAAUUUAUUAUUAUUAAGAGGCCGUUAAAUGCAUAUUCAGGAUAUGGAGAAACUGCAGUGUGGUGUCCUGAGUUGGCUUAAGGAACUUCUGUCCUGAGUUGUUUUUUCUUCUACUCAGUAUAAGCAGGAGCAAUGCUUGCUUCAAAGCUGGAUGAAGACAUGAGCUAAAAGGGUGGCACCCAGGGCCCACCAUCUCAGCUUCCUGCCAUCUAAAAAAAAAAAGUGUUCCAGGCCUAUUUCCAAAGUUCUAGUUGCAGGUAGGUAGCCGUGUUGGUCUGCUGUAGUCGAAACAAAAUAAAAAAAAUCCUUCCAGUAGCACCUUAGAGACCAACUAAGUAUGUUAUUGAUAUGAGCUUUCGUAUCUGAAAAAGUGUGCAUGCACACGAAAGCUCAUACCAAUAACAAACUUAGUUGGUCUCUAAGGUGCUACUGGAAGGAAUUUUUUUAUUUCCAAAGUGUUCUUCUGCAUGGCCUUGGUUCUUACAUCACGGUCUUUUAUGCCUGCUAUGUCUUAUCUGGCACUCUUGCUUCUCUGAAUUUCCUGUUCUUGCACAAAGUCUUCACCUGUUUGUUAGGCCCCAGGCAGCUGACUUUGAGUGUCGUGGAAAGGCAGCAAAUAGUUAUCAAAGGUACCUGCCUCAGAAUAUUUACAGCUGAGACUUAAUAGCAUAUACUUUCAGACAAAAGCCCCACAAUGGCGUCUGUGCUCUGCUCAAAGAGUUUAACCAGUUGCUGCAGCUCUUUUAAAAGUAAGCAAGUGUGCUUGACUGGGCUACUUUUAGCUAGUGGGUAAAUAUUACCGCUUGAGAUAAAAGUACAGUGUACAGUAGUGAGAAAUUAUAGAGAGCAGAAGAGCAUCUGUCUGAAUGAAAAGGAUUCUCAUAGACUAUUACAAUGGAAAAAGGAGAGAGCUUUCUGCAUUGAUAAAGUCACUCUCCAUUUAAUGGAUAUUAAAAGGAGAGUUAAGAUGACCCAACAUUACAUUAUUUAGGGAAAGAUUCAGUUCUUUCAGUUUCUGAGGUCACACAAAGAAGCCUUGCUUCUGUUUUCUUUAGUCCAUAAUUUGUGGCUCCAGGUAGAGUCUUUUUUGAGAAAGUCUUAAUGCUGGAAUCAAUUCUCCCUUGAGAUUCACCUCAUAAAUACCAUAGAACAUUAUUAUUUAGAUGUACAUUGAAAUGUAUGUUUUAAAACUGUAACUGGAUUACUGUUUUAAUUUGUCCAGAUGACCCUCAGGGUCCCUUCCAACUCUAUGAUUCUCUGAUUCGAUGAUUGUAAAACAACCCAUUUUUAAUUUGGUGGGAAUAUCUUUUUUAAUAAGCAAACAAAAACAAAUAGCUACUGUAUGUUGUCUCAAGCAUUUACAGCAUUCCAUUGUUAAAGUCUGGAUCCUGGGCUUACAUAGAUCCAACUCUUUCUGAAAGCUUCUUUAAUUGUUCCUUGAUCUGGUCAUGGUAGCCUUUGAGAACCAAUAGGGAGCAUCUGCGGACAGCAACAAACAGUGUGCCUAAUUAAAAACAAAUGACAUUUAAACAUUGCUUUGGGACUUUGUCAAGGACAACAGAAUACCUUGAAUAUUCAGAAAAUAAUUGGGGAAGACUGUAGUGAAGAAAAUAUAACUAGUGCACUAUGAUUAUUGCAAAGUGUUCAAUGUGCGUCAGCUGUCAAAGACAACUAGGAGACUUUAGCUGGUCUGAAAUGGCCAGAUUACUAAUCCAGGUAGCUUCUAGUCCAAGUGGCCUAUAAACUCCAACUAGUGAGCAGCUUUCCUGCCUUUCUCCCCCUUCAUUGUGACAGCCUAUAAACAAAAUUGAUCUGAAGAAAAUGAAAAAGAUAGCUUCCCAGGCCUGGGAUUCUCCAGCUCUUCCAUACAGAUAAGGUACACCCCACAUAUUACAUACAAUGGAUGAUUACAGAAACAAUUUGCUGUGAAAUAUUCCUACCACAGCCAAUUUUGGUUCCCUUACAUUGCAUAUAUGUUUGACACACAUCUAGAAUCUACAUUUACUUUUAAUUUAGUUAUUUGUUAAGAAUACUUGAAUCCCACUCAUCACAUUAGUAUAUGAAGCAGACCUAAAACAUGUCUGCCAGAUGACUGUAUACUUGUCUAGAUUAUUUCUAAUGGCCAGUGAAAGCAUUUCAGUGCCUUAUCUGGGCCAUUGUCCUAGCCUCUAAUGUAAAUAAUCUCUCUUACCAUUUAAACCAGGGAUGGCCCUCCAGAUGUUGGACAACAACACACAUCAUCCCUGACUUUUGGCUAAGUUGGUUGGAAGUUGGAGUCCAACAACAUCUGAAGAGUCAUAGUUCUCCAUGGCUGUCAGAACGCUAGUUUUAAACCCUUAUGUCUGACAGCUAGUGGGGGGUGGGCCUUAAAAGGGGGGCUUGCCUCAGAUAGCAUUAAAUAAUGCCAGUUAUUGCCUCUUGUCUGAAGUGGUAAGGUCCAGUAAAAGAUUUACCACCUCAAUGAGAACUGGGUCUCCAACAUGCCAAGGGUCUGGUGCAUACAUAAGGUGCAGAGCUAUGUUCUUCAACCGUGGGUUCCCAGAUGCUGUUGGACUACAGCCCCCAUCAUCCCCUGCCAUCUUAGUCAAUAGUCAAGGAUUAUGGAAGUUGUAGUCCAGCUGCAUCUGGGGGCCCAUGGUUGAAGAAUAGUGGUUUAGAGACCAUCAGUAUAACCCAUAGUAGAAGGUGAUAGAAAGAAUACAACAGACACACAGGUGAUGAGAUGGUUAUCGCUUAAAAAACAUGGUUUCUCCUAUCUGAGAUACCUGUUGGCCCAGAGACUAUUAUCAGCCUCAUUUACACCCACCAUGAAAUGCCUGAAAGCAAUCAGAGGAAUGUACAAAACGUGCUAAACAGAAUUACAUUUCCAGCAGGAGUCAAUGCGGGGGUUGUUGUGUGAAUGGACAUUAAGGAACAGCUCAGGGGGCCCAGAGUGCUGGCUUCGGGGAUUAACAGGCACUGUUUCACUCCCUGUUCUGGAAUGUCAGCAAGUGUUCUCGUAUUUCCUGCCUGUUAUGAGCCUGGCUUCCUGCGUUUCUUUGGGAUUUUCCUUCGGCUCGGGCGCAUGUGGGUUUCCUGUGCUGUCAAGAAGUCAGAUGGAACUGUGUGUUAUCUCCUCAACAUGCUGAGGCUUGUUUGUUCGAAGCAGAGAGAGGCGAAGGGCAGUUUUAUUGUGUAGCGCAGCCACAGGGGCUGCCACCAGUCACAGGCAGCAAAGACCACACAUCUGAGGGGUCGGGGGAAGUUACAAUGUCCCUACAAGCCUCCUUCCCUUGGGGAACUAGCCUUAGGUCAUCUGCUUGGCAUAUGAAACAUCCCAGACUCCAUUCCCGGCAUCUCCAUAUAUGGCAGGGAGAGACCCCCUACAUGAAACCCUGGAGAGCUGCUGCCAGUCAGUGUAGACAAUAUUGACCUAGAUGGACCAAUAGCCUGAUUCAGUAUAAGGCAGCUUCCUGUCUUCCUACAGUCGGGUGAGGGCACAGUAGGGAACUGACCAUUUACAUUGAGAUGAGAGGAAAACUGACAGCAUGAUAUGUGCUGCCUGCAGCAGUUGAUCUCAGAAAUGAGAGAUCCUGGGGCUGAGGCCUGCCUGGAGUUGUAGAAAAAAAAGAUUUCAAUGAGAAGGUAAGCCAAGCCUUCUCCCUGACCCAUGAUCAGGAGACACACACAGCUUCUCCCAAAUGCCAGAAGGGACACAGCUGUAGCCACUCAAGGAUUAGGGGAGUGAGCCCUGCAGAAACCCAAAAGCUCUUUCUUAUUUUACAUGUUCCAGGAUUCAGAUGUAGUAUUGAAAACAAGUUCUGGUGAUUAAUCCUGGUGUACCUAGUGCAAGUUACUCAGGCUGUAUGGAUGGGAGGAAAACUGAGGUUGUUGGGGUUUUUUAACGGCUCAAGUGACUAAAGGAAAGUGAGGGAGACACAGCCACCUUAGGGAGCAGAUGUCCGUGGUCAGGGAAAGGUGGUGAGGUGUUGGAGGACAGAACCUGCUCUGCACACGCAUACCCCAGAGCUAUCCUGCUGUCAUUGGAUGCUGUGAAUAAUGUUGCCCAGUUGCGAGUGCUGAAGGAAGAUUCAACUGGUCAUAUGAUCAGCUUCUGGAAUGGGGGAGAUGGAGAACUUGUCCUUCACCUCAGGCAGCAAAAAAUGUCUUGGGCCGACCUCCUGGAAUCAGUGAUCUCAAAAGUUUGGGCCAAAAGGAUGCGAUUAAGGGUCCUUCCACUUCCCUGUGCAAUCACUGCACAUUUCUCUUUGGUUUCACAUAGUUCAUACACCCUCCGAAGGCUGUUUUUCUGUUUCAGAGAUACUGCUUUAUCAUACAGGCCACAAUGUUUUCUCAAGAGGAAAUGUAGUACUUCCCUCAGAUAAUGUAUUUAUUAUCUCCAUUCAGGUUUCCCUGUGGGCUGUGGCUGCAUGCACACCGCACAUUUAAAUAAUGCUCUCCCCCCCCCACCGAAAUAAAAGAAUCAUGGGAACUGUAGUUUACCCCCCCACACACACACAGAGUUACAAUUCCCAGCACCUUUAACAAACUACAGUUGAGAGGGGAAAUGUGCUUUAAAUGUUUGAUGUAUAUGAGACUGUCCUGGCCCUCACUGCCAGAUGAAGAACUCAAACUCCCAGUUCUGCCAAAGACUAUCAUGCUCAACUCAGAUUGGUACAUUGGUACAGGUUACAAGGCUCAGCAGGAUUUUCACAGGGCAAAAUACAGGCCAAGCAGAUGUGUGGAUGAGCUCACAGCCUCUUCCCUGGAUCCAGAUUUCAGCUACACCCCUCCCUGGGCUUGGGUAGGUCCUGAUUCCACCACCCACAUCUUGCUAGGACCCUCGCCAGGGUCCUCCAGCUCCAACUCCCAUUCCUCUGCAGAUGCCUCCAUGACACCCCCAUGGCACUCAUGACAGAGACACAUUCUAGGCCCCACCAUGCUUCAAUGAACACACCAUUUGGGGCAUCCCAUUUUCUAUUUUCAAUUCUUUGGUGUCCCUGUUCAACAAUUGCUCUGUGGGAACAGAGAGCUCAUGUGGUCAGUAAGACUAUUCUACGCCACGCACACACAAACACAGCAGUGUCUUGCUAUUCUGUGACCCUUUUGUUGAGACUUCAUUUUGUUUUAAUGCUUUGGAGGCUGUGUAAGCUUCCUAAUUUCCCUGAGCAGGAAUGUUUCUCUGCCCAGAUUAUCAUUAUUUGUUAAGAAAGGGAAGAAUGAACAGAAGCAUUGUCAGCAUUUUACAGCCUGAGUAUGUACCCUCCUUCCACAUAUUGCAAGAAGAUAUCACAACAGAGACUUUAAAAAAAGUUUUAGGUGUCCGAAGCAAAAGCUGGGCCUAGGGCAUACUUGGGUUUAGUUCUCCCUGAGGUAUUAAACAUGUGGGAUGAAACUCUUCCAUCUGUAUGUGCUUGCUCAGAUGAUUAAUUGCUCCUCCAAACCAGGUUUUAUUUCACCCAGGUCAAAAAAACAAUUUGGCCCCCCUCACAUGCACAUUUGCAUACACAUUCACACAGGCUAGGAGCAUCAAUAGCACCCCUCUAGAGGCUUCACCCGGGGCAAAAAACCUGGCUACAUUUCACACCCCCACUAGCUACGGCUCUGUCCAAACAAUUUAAAAACUACAACAAACCUAGCUAUAGAUAAUGAGAUAUCAGGCUGGUGUGGUCUUGCCCAGUCUUCUACAUGUAAGGUGUAUGUUGAGAAAUCCAGCCAUGUAAGCCUCUGCCUACAGCCAGGAAUGGUGCAUACCCUCAAUGAGACCUUUUAUUUGUACAGAAAGGCUCUCUCUUAAAGGCAUGGCCAGCCCUACUAUGAGACAAAGGGAGGAAAAAACUAGAUAUCAAGUUAAAAUUUUAUUUGCCUUUAAGAUGCAGGUUGUUGUUGUUGUUUUUAAUGCAAAUAUCAGCUUGUGGGAAGAUGAUAAUUGUUGGGGUUGCAGCAGAUAUAGAGGGAGAACUUACAUACUUCCACUCUCUGAUGUGGUUGUGGAGGAAAACCUUCCUCUGAAAGUGCUAUUUGCAUUGGGAAGAACUUUCCAUCUGAUGCUAAUGGGGAGGGGGGUCCUCUCCAUACAAAUUUAUUAUUUAUUUUAUUACAUUUAUAUACCACCUUUUCCUUAAGGUGGUGUACAUGGUUCUCCACUCCCCAUUUUAUCCACACAACAACCUUGUGAGGUGGGUUAGAUAGUGACUGACCCAAGAUCACUUGGUAAGCCUCAUGGCUUAGUGGGGAUUUGAACUCUGGUCGCCCAUGUAAUAGUUCAACACUCUAUGACAGCACACUGUCUCUCCAUACAAAUAACAUUUUCACAAUGCAAUCCUAUGCAUCAAAAAGUUCAAUAGGAUUUAUUCCCUGGCAUGUGCAGAUAGGCUUGCAGCCUCAGAGAAGCCAGAGGGGUUCACUUCAGGACCACAAUAAGGGAAGAAAGGGUUAAGCUCCUCCCCUCCCUUGCCACUGUGAUUCUGAUAUUUAUCAGUUCUCCCCAACUGAUGCUACUUGCAUUUAAAAACAAACAUGUGUAGUAAAUGCAAAUGUUAUAUUAAAUGAUAUAACUAGCUUUGGGUGUCACUGAAGAGUAAUACAUGGUCAGCCCUUUUUCUAGGUAUAUGUUUAAAUAAAACUAAUUACAGUGGUACCUCAGGUUACAUACGCUUCAGGUUACAGACUCCGCUAAUCCAGAAAUAGUGCUUCAGGUUAAGAACUUUGCUUCAGGAUGAGAACAGAAAUCAUGCUCCGGCGGUGCGGCGGCAGCAGGAGGCCCCAUUAGCUAAAGUGGUGCUUCAGGUUAAGAACAGUUUCAGGUUAAGUACGGACCUACGGAACAAAUUAAGUACUUAACCUGAGGUACCACUGUAAACAUAACACUAGAUUUUCUUCCCCAGAGACCUUAAGAGGUGGAGAAAAACAGCUUCCUUGGGUAGUGUGUGUAAGAGAGAGUAUCCAAAUAUCACUUAAACUGAGGGCACAUUCAGAGAUAGUAAUGUGUUGCCUUGCAUGUUAAUGAAAACAGAAGACAGCCAGUUUUUACAUUCAAAUUUUAUGCAUGGAAAAUGCAAAAAGAAAAGAAAGAUUGGUAAGUGUUACAUGUGAAAACAGCCUUUCCAAGAUGAUGUGGCAUUUCUAAAUCCCAGAUCUGCAGAGGUCCAGUCCGAUAACAAAAAUCUCCUCUUCCACCUCUUUCCUCAGUGCUAAUCAGCCAGGAUUUUGAGCCGUCCAGCUCUUUUGUGUGGGGACGAACUUCUGUGCUCCUUCCCAGUCUAGCCACCCCCUUUGAGAGCCCCAUUGUGAGGGCAGGCUGUGGCAACUCCUUUAUCUGGAGAGAUUUGCAGCCUUGCCCAAGUGCAUUCAUCCAGCCUCUCCCUCCCACUGGGAAUUUUAUCCUCUGAAGAAGUGGAAAGGACUCAGUCCUUUGAGGAGCCAUCUAGCCAGGGCCCCCACUCCUAGAGGGGAGAGGGGGGAGGGGGAGCUGUGAUCAGAUUGCAGAUGGGCUGCCCUUUGGUUUCCCCUCCCCCAUCCCGGAUCUGCUUUGGAAAAAGGCAGAGGAACUGGGGGUCGGACUGAACAGGUGGCUGGGGGGUGGCUGGGACAGCAACACUGGUUAGGCAGCCUGUGGUGUCCAACUGAGGCCUCUCACCCGGCAAGCACACUUUGCAAGAUCUCUCAGCUUAGGGAUUCUUACAAAGAUUUCUAGAGGGGUCACCAUAUUACCCUGUUAACAGCAAAAACAGCAAUGGGUCUUGUGGGUCCAACAUAUUUAUUAUGGCAUAAGAAUUCACCAUCAGACACACACACACACACACACACACACACACACAAUGGGGUGGCGGGGAUGAUUAUAAACAGAGAAGUCAGAAGGAAAGGAAACACAGAAGAAUUCAAACACUAGUUUAUGUGAGGUUCCAGGUCUGAGUUUUCCUUUAUUUUUACUGAUCAGCAGUUCUUCCUGUUUGUGUUUGGUUUACCGUCCCACUUACAACCAUGAGUGUGUACCUGCAACACACACAUUUCCCAAUAUGCUUUUUAAAAAACAGAAUUUCUACUACUGAAUUUUAAGGCAGGAGUUGCCAACUUUUUUUUAAAGCCCAUGGGCACAUUUGAAUUUUUGAGUGUGUGCUGUGGAUGCCACCCCUCUGAUCACUUCUGUCCCCUGGAUCAGUCACAACACAAACAGGGAGAAUGAAGUUGUGCACAUGCCCGCUCUGCUUUUCCAAGGAAUCUCUGAAAAAGUCAAAUUAAUUCAGCAGAAUUUCAAAAAGCAUAAGGUUUAAUGCAGCAGUGGGAAAGAAAGUCACUUGUCCAAACCUCCUCCUUCAGAUGUAUCUACUUUUCAAAGGAAAAAAAGUUAACCACUCUCACUGCCUCUUGACCAACAGGAGUGUGGGUGGGGAGUCUCAGAGGUUUCGUGGGCAUCAAAGGAAUGCUGCUCAGGGACCAUGGAUGCCAUGAGCACCACAUUGGGGAACCUCAAAAUUAAAGACAUUAUCGCUAAGUACCAGCGCACUGUUACAGGUGCAGAAGCACUGCCAGAGGGACAGGUGGUAGAAAUUUCCAGUGCCUCUUUGCAGAAAUGUCUCUGUAUCCUGUUGGGAUCUAGGAACCUGGAAAUCUUAUUAGCAUUGUCAUAGUUCUGGACAUCACACUGUUUUCUUGGCCACACCUGGUGAUGCAGUUUGUUUUUUCGUGUGUGGCGAAAGUAUAGCUUUGACGUACAAAAUUGAGCCUGUAAGAGGCAAACCCCCUCAGGGGUUUCCUCUAACAUGAUGCUUGGGUGGAGGAACUUCCUGUGCAGGAAGGAAACAGACGUUCCCUGGCGUUAUCUGGCUGCUCCAAAUAAAAAGCUGGAUUUUCCUGCAGUGGUGUGAAACUUAGCAACAAAAAGGCUGCUUUUCUGACAGACUGGCUAUACAGUAUCUCCAGUCUCUCUCUCUCUCUCUCUCUCUCUCUCUCUCUCUCUCUCUCUCACACACACACACACACACACACACACACAACCAGAAAUGUCCUUGAACUGUGUAACAGUCCUGUUCCUCCCAUGGAAGGUGGCAAUUGUGAACAAGUCAACUGCCACAAAGAAUCUCAGAGGUUAAUUAGCACAGAGAAGUCCCCCUCACAAUCCGACGGGAGGCUGAGAACAGUGUAAGGGACGUGAUAAGCAAAAAUCAGUGGGUCCUCUCUCUGGUUGUGCCAAUAUGACACAAUGCACCUAACACUGAAUCAUGGUUGCUUGCCACCUGUUUCCCUAGCAGGUGCAGGGGCAAAGCUCAGGGGAAGAACUUCUACCUUUCAAGGAGAAGGCCGCAGGUUCAACCCCUGGAACCUCCAGGAAGGGCUGAGAGAAACUUGUGCCUUAAAUCCAGGAGAGUUGCUUCCAGUCAGUGUAGACAGUACUGAGCUAGAUGGACCAAUGCUCUGACUGAGUAUAAGGCAGCUUCCUAUUUUCCUAAUCCUGUGCCGUUAACUUGGCCUGCACACAGCCUCACUACUAUGCAUAGGAUUGCUUGCUGCAAAUCUCAUAUAAUUCCUCUCUUCAGCAGCAUCCAGUGCCUGAACAUAAGAAGAGCCUGUUGGUUCAGGUCGGUGGCGGCCCAUCUAGUUCAGCAUCCUGGCCAACCAAAUGCCUAUGGGAAUCCCCAGAGUAGGACCCAAGCUCUCCCUAUUUGUGAUUCCCAGCAACUGUCAUUCAGAGGCUUACUGUUCCCCAACAGUGAUGGUAGAACGUAACUAUUGUGCCCAGCAGCCAUUGAUAGCCUUACCCUCCAUAAAUUUGUCUAAUCCUCUUUUAAAAUAAUCUGUGUUGGUGGUCAUCUCUGCCUCCUGUGGGAGUGAAUUCCAUAGUAUGUUUAGGCGCUCUGUGAAGAAGUACAUUUUUCUGUCCUGAAUAUUCCACUCCCAGCUUCACAGAAUGCUCAUGAGUUCCAGUGUUACGAAAGAGGAGAAAAGGGGGUUUUUUUGCAAUCCAGUUUGUCCACAGCAUGUCCAGUCCUAUGCGCUGCUAUCAUGACCCCUCUUACUUCCCUUUUCUCUAAACUAAAAAGCCAUAAAUGUUUCUCAUAGAGAUUUCUGUUGAUUUAGGGAACUUUUUUAUUUCAGAUGGAAACUAAGCUGGAAUAAUUAUUUUAAAAAGCAACCCCCCCCCCCAUAUACAUACAUACAUACAUACAUACAUACAUACAUUUUUACUCUAGGACGUCCCAAGCAAUUGGUUGGCAUCCCUCUGUCUCGGGAGACAAUAUUAUCCAACAAAACGCAUAGACUGCAUAAUCAAAAAAGAAAAAUCCCCAAGAAGAGCUUACCACACUCUAAACCCAACCAGUUAAAUUUAUUCUGCUAGAUUUAAUAAGCCAAGAGGAACAGAGGGCAAGAAGGCAAAUAGAUAUAAAGGAAAGCUGCAAGCCAUGUGUCCACAUCGUCUGAAAGUGAUUCUACAACACAUCGAAGGUUGUGUAAUUGGACACUUCCACUGAAACUGAAACUACUGUGGAGUCAAAGUCUCUCCAUUGUAAAGUGACUCUCCUCAGUCUCUGAGGACAGACCAUUUGAGCAGACCCACCAUAGUUGCAGGGACGAAUUGUCCCCACCAAUCCAACUUCACUAGAUGGUGGCCCAUCCAUGACAAAGGAAUGCAUUUCGCACAUACCCUUACAGUCCAUCCCUCACACCACUGAGCAAAGACUACAUCAGGAAUCAGGAUGUGUUCUGCUUGAUCUUUCAGACCAACAACCAUUCAAGAGAAGCCCAUGGUUGCCACAGAGGUCGCAAAGUCACAAACUGGCCCAAGAGCAACCUUUGUAUAGAUGUUAAAGUCACCCAGAAUUAUUGGCCAUGGUAAAGGCCUCCUCUGCCAGUUUGCUCAGGAAGCCUGUUAGGAAGCAAGAUGAUUGACACAGCAGCAGAAGCAGCACAAGACCAGGACACUCAGCAGAUAAGCAACCAAAAGCAGUGGAGGUGUCAGAAAAAGGGCAUAGAGACCAGCCAUUUCCCCAGAUGAUCAUCAGCCUCUCCACUUAAACUGUAGCUCACCCUGCUCACAACUACCAAAACUGAGGUAGUAUCAUAGUAGCUCCCUGCCACAUACCCAACCAAGACAUAUCUUCACACCAUCACCCAAUUAAAGUGUGUGCAGCACAGGGAUUAGGGUCAAAGAUAGCAAAUGAAGGACCAGUAGUAACAAACAUGGCCCACACUGCAAGCCAGAAUCUGUUUUCCAUACCCACUCAGGGGAACCCCAACAGAACCAGGCUUACAUUCACUCAGGACACAGGCCUGUUUCUCUCACAGGACCUGGGCACUGGCCAAUAAUUCCUGUUCCUAACUAACAGUGUCCUUUAUCGCUUCCCAAGGGAGCAAUCUCGCUUUAUGUCAUUACUUCAGGAUUAACCCCACCACACACAGCCUCGUCAGUACUUAUGAGUCAAACCUGAGGUAAGUUCUGGGUCCACCAUCACGCUCCCAGCUGUAAUGACUCAAUCAACACAGUGGGUUCCGCAAAAAUACUCAUCCUGCAAGCAGAUUAAAAGAAAAAAGAAAAAGAAAAUCCAUACACACCUAAGUCAUACUAUCAACUUGAAGCAGUCAGAUAAUGAACAGUCUUACUGGCCAAGAAGAGAAGAGCAGAUAAGGCAGAGGAUGGUGCCAGCCACCAGGCUGCUCAGCCCUUCUCUGGUCCACACUCCAAGAUGUUAAUAUUUGUGCCAGUAAAAAACCAGUCAACACACUGGGAGCACAGAAUGCUCUUGGGCCUGAUCAGGCUGGUGUCACUUGCAGCAUUUUUCCUGGGCUUCCAAAAUGAGACACUCUCCAUUGACUUCUGGGUAUGCUUUCUGGUGAAGUGUGUGUUCUGGUGACAGCAUGUGGGGAAAGGAGCCAAACUUCAUUGUUGAACAAAACCCAACUAUUUGGCAUCUUGGCUCUCAAGAGCUGCAUUUUCUCCCAAUUUCUAGUGGCACUUUGGAAAAGCUCCAGAGCACUGGCCGGUAGGGAUGUGCUAAUUGUUUGCAAUGGCAGCAUCCUGCAUUGGCAUCAUGCCCCCUGUUGCCAGGAUACUGGGAGCCACCCAGCGAGGCCGACAGGCACAUUCCUGGGAAGAAGACUCUCCUUCACAAGACAAUGGCUGUUCAGUGAAAGGCAGAUUGCUCCUGCGGCAGAUGCUUAUCUGCAGUCUAUAAUCAAAUGACUGCUCUGAGGGAUUCCAAGCUCUGGACAUAACAACCGCUUUGUGGUCUUGAUAAUAGAGCCAGUGCUCCCAAGUCAAUCCUUAUACCAAUUGCCACUGAGAGGGAUGGUGUGGGAAGGGGGGUGCCCACAAGUUGUUUGGCUUUCAGAAAUUCUUGUUUGGGGCAAAAGCUCUUAUAGAACAGUUCUCGCUCAAGGCUCCUUGGGAGGCCAGAAAUAGAACUUCAUUAACUAUGAACCCCAGAAUUUUGGAUUAAUGAAGCUCAGUAAUAGCCAGCCAGGAGUCUCCGUUACCCUCCUUUACAGUUUCUCCAUCUCAGGAAGUUUUCUCAUGAACUCCAGUCCUACCCCACCUCCAUUUCAUUAUCGCGGCAGUUUUGGGGAAGGGCUGAGGCUUAAUUGUCUAUGGCAAGCCAUGCAAACAGGAAAGGUGGUUUAAAACAAACAAACAAUUUUGAUCAUAUAAAAUACUGUCCCUUGUCAUUGUUCUGAAACUACAUAGAAAGAAAGAAAAACACUUUAUUCAGCAGAGAAGGUAAGGCAGAAAUGAACAGGGACUCUGAUAGGAUGGAAUAAAGGGGGCAGCUUCAGGAGGUAUUGGUGGGCACAUAGAUAAAAUGAAGAGAGCACUGGUUGCCUACAACAUUCACAACACUUAAUUGCUAAAAAGAGGGAUGAUGGGGUUCAAGCCUGCCUAGAAUUAGUGUGGCACAAUUCCUGCAACCAAGCUCAGAAUCAGAAAAGUCCCCAACUCAAAUCUCUCCUCUCCAAGAACUCACUAUAUGACCAUUUCUCAGUCUCUGUGAUAUGCAAAAAUGAGGAUAAUACUGUAUAACAGAUGUACGUUGCCGGGCUGCUGUACACACGAUGUAAGGAAAGCUUGCUGCACUCUAAACCUUUCAUGUAAGUGUACAUAAAUGAUAUGAACCAGGGGCAGCCAACAUGGGGCUUUACCGACGUUGGACUACAACUCCUGCCAUGCCUGAUCAUUGGCCGCACGAACUUGCCGAAUCUGAUGGGAGUUGUAGUCCAACAACAUAUCAAGGGCACUAUGCUGGCUGAGCUUGAUAUAAAUUGUUGCACCCUUUGAUUGAGGAGCUUUAUUCUCUAAUGAUAUGCACGGUGUGGGGUUGCUGUGAGUGUGUUGAGUUUUGAAGGAAGGGCACUCGGCACAUGCCAAGGGGCACUCCUCCCAGGUUUCUGGUACUGUGCUGGAAAUGAAUUCCAGGGCUGAGCCCUGGCAAUUUCUACCUCGAAGAAAGUCCCAAGCAUAGGUGCCAACUCCCAGGGGCCCUGGGUGGAUGCCUGAGUACCCACAAAAUUCCCCAUGAAGGGGCUGGGCACCCACAAAUUUCAGUGCCAGGGCCAUGCACACUGCAUGGCACCCAAGGCCCUGGGCACCCUCAGUCGCGGAGCCAAGUUGGCUUUCCUGAUCCCGAGUGAGCAUCCCCUUGCGAAGAAGAGCUCUGAGUGGCGGGCAACUCAAGCCCCACUCCUCCAUAAACCCAUCGCCUUUUCCUGUAGAGGCUGGGGGUGGCCGGGGUGGGCGGGUGACUGCAACCGCCUUUGCUCACCGGGGUCUGCGAACUUGCUGGCACCUCGCCUACUACCAUAUUACAUUCCACCCGACUGCUGAGAUGUUCGCUUCCCUUUAAGAGGCAAAGCCACACUUGGCAUACGGAAAGCAGCUGGAUUGUACCAAGUGGCUCCGGUAGGCGGGGGAGCACUCACACCGGACAGUACUGAGGAGGGGGCGGAAACAACGCCAUUUGCACCCGAGCGUUGCAAAAUCAAAGUGUGCAAGGAUAUCAGCUCUCAAACGUCUUUCUCGGUUCUUGCUGCUCGCGCAAAAGUCCUCAGAAGGCUUGUUCCAUGGUGUGCCCCUUCUCCCCCUUUCCUGAAAUCGGCAAUGGGCUGUCCCUCGCUCUGAUCUUUUAAGGGAGAAGCGGACUUGCCGGAGAAGCGGGUGGGUGGUACUGGGCUCAUGUGCCCUUUAAGUAGAGGCUGCUCUGCGCCCAGGAGGAUAUAUUGCUUAAGCUGGCAAGGGGGGUGAUAAGUUAAGUACCCAGGUGAGUUCGCACAGCGGGGGACCCAGAGAGCUUCCCCGCCCCCAGCCCCAGGACUGUAGGACAAUAGAGAUGCGGCUCGAGGAGCCCUCAGGGCUGGUUUAGAGUUGGCUGGCAAGGAGUGUCUGAAGUUGAGCUGGGAAUCGGAGAGGAGGAGAAGGAGGUGUGUGUGUGUUUAGUGUGGUUUUUCCUAAAGUACUUUCUUUCUGCUUAGCUGUUCCUCUCUCGGGUCCCCUAGCGCAUCUGUGCAGGGGUAAGUUUUUCUGCAAGACUGCAGAUCGCUUUCCCUGCUUGGUUUGGCAAGCCUCCUAGUUGAUGAAAUGCCCUUUUGAGGAAGCCGAGCCAGUGAAUGGAAAAUAUCUUUUUCUCUCUCGCUUGAACUUAUUUCUUCCGGCCCCUUCCUAUGUGCACCGCUUGAAUAUUUUGUGGCGAGUGAUUCUGGUUUGCAUUUUGGCUGAACAUCCCGGUUUCAAGCUACUUGCUUUUUAGUGGGCAGAUUUUUUUGCUGGAAAGAUCACGCUCGCUCGGAACUCGGAAUAUUUGACUUGGUCUUUGCGUUAGCACGUGGAAGUGCUCUUCCAUCUGUCCUGCUGACCCGGCUUCAGUAACUACUUGAGUCUUGAUUUUCUUUUCUAGCUAAGUUUUUCCACUUUUUGCUGCUGCCUGUUCUUCUAGCGUUGUCCGAUUGCUGCAGUUACAGUCUUUAAAGCUAUUUCUUCUUUUUUCAAAAGUGACUCUGUUAGUUCAGUUGCUGACAUCCACAUUUCCCCACAACUCUUUCCUCUCAAAUGCUAUUUGAUAGGGGUUCUUUCUUUCCACCAAAUAGUUCACCUUGUGAACUUUUCUGUGGGGGGGGGGGGGACCCAAAACUUUAGAAGCUAUGUUGUUCCAGCAAGAUAUUAAGAGUGUAUAAUGGGGAAGCAAAGUUUUACAAACAAAGGAUAACUUUCUUUUUAAAAAAUAUUAAAAUUGUGUUGAUUUUGUUGAUGUGUUGAAAGAGACAAUACUGAAUUUCAUGUUAGGAAGGUAGGCAUUUUGGUAUAAAUUUAAGAAAAUGUUCUGAUAUUGGAGGACCAUCCUUUGCUGGGGAAGGCUUUAAAUGCAGUUCUUUCAAAGUAGCUCUUGGACUCUCUUUCAGCAGUAGUGAUAAGGGUCAUCAAAGCUGAGGUCUCACUUGCUUGGCUUCCUUAGUGAAAAGCUUCUGCUGCCAGGGUUCUGAUGGGCUAACUUCUCUGUUUACUUGCCCCAUUUUCCUCCUGAGGCCAAUGGUGCUUUUGUACAAUCUGUAUGCUUGUAUAAUGGCCCUUUCUCCCUCUAGGUCCACCAGUUAGUCUAGGGUUAUGCUGAUGACGGGCCUUCAGGGAAAAGAAAGCAGGAAGGUUCUCCUUAAGAACUGCCCUGUCUAGGAAGUAUCUCUGCAGUGCUGGCAGGCCUGAAGCUGCUAAAUAAACAGGCGGCUGGUUUUCUGGACACAUGUGUCCCUGCAUGCUGAUUCUUGAGGCUCUGAGAACCUCUCUGCCAGGUUUUGCUCUGCUCUCCGCUGCUGUUUAUUUGAUUGUGCCUGCCAUGCUUUUGCUAGACUCUGUAGACUUUUCCAACUCUCAGUCCUGUAGCAGAUGGUGGGUUACGCCAGAUUGCAGACGGAGCUCUGGGAACUGGUACGAAAGUUGGAAAAUAAAAGCAUGUUGCCUGUUGAGAUGCCACAGGUUUUUUUUAAAAGGGGGUUGGGAUCAUAACAAUAAUAGCUAAAUUCUGAACACUGCCACAGUCAUUGUAUACCAGAUUAGGCCAGCUCUCUGGUGUGUGUGUGUGUUUCAAUUCCCAAUUAGCACCCACCUUCUGAGUACGAUAAAGACUAGUGGAGGGAGGAGUUUUACUGAUAGAGAUAGAAGUUCUGGUUGAGGAAUUCUUUUUUCCUUUGUUUCCAAAGAAGCAUUUCAAAUGGCCACCUUUAGCUUAUACUGUUGUACCAAGGAGUUUGCGCCUGGUCAAAAAGUGUGAUUCCUUUCCCUUACUUUAGCAUAAUCACAUAUUUCUCUGCUCUUCUUGUGUCUUCUUUUGCAGGCCUUUGCUCUGCCUGCAACCUGCCACAACCUUGUCCCCAAACCACUUGGAGAGGAUGCAGGGAAGCUCUGUGCUGGAAGUGACUUGGUUUGUGUUCCUGGUUGUGGCUGGCGCCCCUGGGCAGGACGAAGAGAAGCCCGCCUUCACCCCCAUUCUCACCCGCAGGCCUUUCAUUGUUGCUUGGAAUGCGCCAACCGAGGAAUGCAAGCCUCGCUAUGGUGUCCAGCCAGAUCUCAGCAUCUUUGACGUUCAUGCCUCGACCAAUGAACUUUUUGUGGACCAGAACUUGACCAUUUUCUAUAAAGAGCGCCUGGGCCUCUAUCCCUACUAUGAUGGGGGGAAGGCUGUGAAUGGGGGUGUCCCCCAAAACAGCAAUUUACAGCAGCAUCGGAACCAACUGGAAUCUAGUAUUAGGAAAUACAUCCGCACUGAGACAAAGGAGGGGUUGGCUGUGAUCGACUGGGAAGAGUGGAGACCCAUCUGGGUCCGGAACUGGCAGUCGAAAGACAUCUACCGCAAUGUCUCCCGUUUACUUGUGAAGGCUCGGCAGCCUCACCUGCUGGAGGACCAGGUGAAGAAGGAGGCUCAGUAUGAAUUUGAGUCGUAUGCCCGUGAGUUUAUGAGCGAGACCUUGAGAUACGCCAAGUACUAUCGCCCCCGGCAGCUGUGGGGCUUCUACCUCUUCCCCGACUGCUACAACCACGACUACAGUAAGAACCAGGACAGCUACACAGGGUGCUGCCCAGAUGUGGAGAAGUCACGCAACGACCAUCUUUUCUGGCUUUGGAAGGAGAGCACUGCCCUUUACCCUUCCAUCUACCUGGAGCAGGUGCUGGCCAACCACACAAAUGGCCGCAAGUUUGUGAGGUCUCGGGUAGGAGAGGCCCUUCGCAUCUCCCAGCAGCACCAUGAUAACUAUAGCCUACCGGUCUUUGUCUACACCAGGCCCACCUAUAUACGCACACAGAAUGUCCUAAGCGAGGUAAGAAAGCCUUUCCUAUCUGGUAAAUGUUACUCUGUUGGAAUUGGGAAAUAGCCAAGAAUCCAGGGCCAUUGGGGUUGGAUUUCUGUCCCAUGUAGAGGAGCAGUCUGAAGGACAGGUCAGCCCAGCUUGUGAUCCACCCUCCCAAAAGGUAAUCCACCAGCAAUGUAUGGCACUCUCCAGGGGUGUAAUAAACUUUCUGGUGUGCUGUCUGCCUGAGACUGAAACAGUGGGGCUAGGGUGGGAGGCUACUUGGCACUUAGCUGGCCACCAAUACCUAGCUGGUGAGCUGCUUUUGCCUUCCUGGGUCAAACGUUGUUCAGACCUGUUAUAGCAAUAACUGAGAUGCAUUAGUUUGUGGUAAUAGCUGAUAAGCAUGAUCAGAUAAAGGCUGCUUAUCAGAAGCUUUAAUUAGGUCUCCAACCAAAGUUUUGUGGGCUGGGACUGCUCCCAGGAAGCACCUGUGAGCUGUGGUUCCUGUGGAAUUGCUGUACAAUGGGAGGUGGGAAAGGACUUCUCCUUUAUCUUGGUCCUAAGCAAAUUGACUUGAUGUGUAAUGGAAACUUAAGAAGUCUAGGGUGGGGCUGAGGAGGGAAGGAGGCAGCUGCUUCUGUCUGUCUCCCUCAUCAGUUGUAUGGCUGUGGCAGCACUGCUGCAAGAAAGUGCUGUUCUUUAUGGGCAUUUAAUUCUCCUAGAAAGAAUCAUUAGUCUGGCAUUUUGCCAAGGGCUUUUCUAAAGAAUAGGGAGCCAUUGGGCUGGAUACAUGUCCAGCCCAUUGGGGACCACUGAGCUGGAGAAGUCGGAAGUUGCACUCCAAAUUGUUCCUGUGGGUGGGCUUAGUUCUGGCGCACUGAAGCACACAGGGUUGGUAAGGGGAUGUAGUCUAUUGACCCAAGUUCUGUUGGCUUGAAGAGCAUCCAGGCAUGCCAACUUCAGAGUAGUCCUUUGCCAUGGUGCCACAGCCUUUGGAGUGUAGAUCUGUGCUGAAAGCCAAGCUGCAUUGCUUCUGCUUCCUGCAGUUUCCCAAGGUAACUUCUGAGGCUACCAGGCACUGUAAGAUGCAGCAGGAUCUUUCAGAUGCCCCGAAGGUCUGAGCACCACUGAGGCUAGUGUCAGGAUUGAUGUGACUGGCUUGUCCAUAGGCAAAAAUGUACUAUCUUCUGUCUUCUGCCUUGGCCCACUUGGGAGCGAAAGCUUUCUGAGAUAGUUGGUCCCUGUAACUGUAUUGUAAUCGGUAAUCUAUUGCAGUAUGAUUUCUGUUUCCCUCAUAUAGGAAAAAACUUCCCUAUCCUAGCUGGACUUACAGGAAGCAGCAGGCAGCAAUGUAGUGUUAGUGAUGUGGGGCCUUGGGGUGGGGGGAAUCAAAGGCUCAUUACUAUUUCUGCAGCAGAGUCUCCAGUGACCUUAAGCCACAUGAUCAGCAUGAAAGGGAAGCUUUUUUAGCCACUAUGCUCCAAAGCUAAGCAUUUUGGAACACCAAAAACACAAGGUGCCUGAGUUUCAAGAGAAUGGUGUACAACAGGGGUCAGCAAACCUUUUCAGCAGGGGGCCAGUCCACUGUCCCUCAGACCUUGUGGGGGGCUGGACUAUAUUUUUUUCGGGGGAAAUAAUGAACGAAUUCCUAUGCCCCACAAAUAACCCAGAGAUGCAUUUUAAAUAAAAGGACGCAUUCUACUCAUGUAAAAACAUGCUGAUUCCCGGGCCGUCCGUGGGCUAUAUUUAGAAGGCAAUUGGGCCAGAUCCGGCCCCCAGGCCUUAGUUUGUCUACCCAUGGUGUACAAGUUAUGUUACAUGUAAUGAGACAUUAUGAAAAACACAACAUAAGUUACUCUGAAAGAUAUUGGAGCACUCCAAAUCAUUUCCCAAGUAUGUGUGCAGAAAACAGUAGAUUUAGGUGGAAAGCGUUUUAUUGCAACACAUCCCCAGUUAUUGCUAUUUUAUCAUUAUAAGAUUGUUGUAUAAUCUUAGAAGGUGUGUGGCUGGGACUAUCAUAAAGGGACCCAUCACUUCUGAGUUUGCUACUUACAAUAGGAAUGGGCUUACAAUGGGCUCUGUGAUGAGUUUUAAGACUGGACCGCUUCUAUCUUGCCUUGGCUGGGGUGGGGGAAGUUUCCAAAACAGAAUUUUCAGCUGCCCUUACACAACUGGACUUCAGCGAUCAGGAGUGCCAGCUUGGCCCCGCAACCUUGGGUGCCCGGGGCCAUGGGUGCCAUUGAAAUUUGUGGGUGCCCGGCCCCUCCCCUUCAAGGGGAAUUUUGUGGGUACUCGGGCACCCAGGGCCCCAGAGAGUUGGCACCUAUGUCAGCAGUUGCAAUUACCUUGUAAGUUACUUUAAUAAGUUUGCACCUUGCAGAUCCGCUGUUUGGAGAAGCAGAGGUGGGCAUGAUACCUGCAUGCACCUUGGUCUUUCUCUCUUUGAGAUCUUAACUUGGUUUCAUGCUCUACCUCUAACCAAAGGCAGGAGCAACUUUACAGCUGAGCAUUUUGGAAAAAAAUAAUAAUCUGUGGCCAGUGGUGAGUUCUAGAGCCUCAAAAAUGCAACCCUUGCUCGUUAUGUGGCUGACUUUGCCCAUGGAUAGAGUGGAAGUUAGUGAAUGGAGGUUUUUAUCCCUGCUACUUAGGAAUCAUUCAGAUUAACUAGAGGGUGCUCUGAAAGUAAGCAGUGUAAGUGAAACGCUAAUUAAAAUGACAAACUUCAGACAUGUUUAGGCAAGGGGUAGUAACGCCCAAGCUUUAUAUUUUUAAAAAGGAGUUGUUGCUCCUUCUUGCUCGGCAACAGUCAUUGAUAAUAAAAUGGCAGCUUUAACCACACAUGCCGAAAGGCCUAUUCAUCCAUAGAAUACAAUUAGCAGUUCCACUCCUCACCCAACCCCUUCAGGUCUGGGGAUGAUCUCUGCAUUCGGUGUAGCAUGAUUUGUCCUGGUUGUCUGUACUCUACCAGAGGCAUGUUCACACAUCUGCCUGAAAAUGUAGAUGCUGAAAGUGAGGAUGGGGACAAGCCUUCCUCCAAGGACCUUGUGCAUGUCUCACUGUGUCCCUGAACUUGCCCAUGUUGCAUUGGGAAGUGCUCAUUGAAUGAAAGUAAAUCCUCCAUGUAAUUAGGGCUGUGCUUUACCAUUGUUCUGUCUACUAUCAGACUACAGUAUUGCUCAGUCUGGCUCAGUACUACCUUCAUGAACUGGCAGCCGCUCUCCAGAUUUUCGGGUGGCGGGGCAUUCCCAAUCCUUUGUGGAACUUUCUGGCCUACCAACACCAGGUGACACCUGUUUUGGUGUGUGGUGCAUGUGCAUUGACGGAUGGCAAAUGUAAGAGGUGGCAAUGAUUUUAACUUAAGAUAAUUUACCACCUUACACUCUUUCUGUAUCUUCAGAUUCUUGAGAGAUUGCAUGUAGAGAGGUUCUGGCCCUGCCCACUGCAAGUGUGUGGCCCUAACAGAUUACUUCCAUGGAACACGGGUGGCACUGUAGUCUAAACCACUGAGCCUCUUGGGCUUGCCAGUCAGAAGGUUGGCAGUUCAAAUCCCCGCAACGGGGUGAGCUCCUGGUACAAUGUCCCAGCUCCUGCCAACCUAGCCGUUUGAAAGCACACCAGUGUGAGUAGAUAAAUAGGUACUGCUGCAGCAGAAAGGUAAGCAGCGUUUCCGUGCACUCUCGUUUUCGUUACAGUGUUCCGUUGCACCAGAAGCGGUUUAGUCAUGCUGGCCAUAUAAUACGGAAAGCUGUCUGUGGACAAACGCUGGCUCCCUCGGCCUGAAUGUGAGAUGAGCGCCACAACCCCAUAGUUGCCUUUGACUGGACUUAACCGUCCAGGGGUUCUUUACCUUUUUACCUUUACCUUACUUCCAUGGGAAUGAAGCCUUCAGGAGCAGGGGAGCAGGCAGUCCCCCAUCCAUUUCCUCCACAGCACCAACAAGGAACUCCCUCCCACAUGUUGGCCAGGCAAGGCUUUCACCUCUUUUCAUCAUUCUGAAAUGUUGCUUUUAUCUGACAGUGUGUAUUUUGUGCGUAUCUCUCCACCAUAAUGCUGAAACUGGUGUUAAAAGGCACCCGCUUUUACUAUAUAAUAAGGAACAGUCAUAAUACAGCAACCGGAACAGCUUCUAUCCAUUCUUGAGCUAGAGAGUAUCCUACUAAUCUCCUAAUAUUCUGUAUCUGUACUAACUGUGGAACUACCUGGAUGUUUCUUUCCAGAAAGACUUGAUCUCCACCAUUGGGGAGAGUGCUGCUCUGGGGGUAGCUGGUACGAUCUUCUGGGGAGAUGCAGAGAACACUAAAAGUCGGGUAUGUAUGUUUCCGCACCAGCCCCAGAGAGACAAGCCUAGUGGGAGCUUCUUUCAGAUAAAACGGCUCUUCGAUCUCACUUCUGCCAAGAGCAUGUCGGGUCCUGUCUUAAUUCAGCAGACAGCCCUCUUAGUGGAGCUACUUCUGCAAUUUGUUCAGUUUAGCAGCUCAGCAUCAGCACAGCCUCUUUUUGGUGGGCUGUCGGGGGAAGAGGCAUGUGUUGAAAAAGAUACUGGCAACACCUGGAAGAUGCUGAAUGCCAGAAAACCCCAGAAAGGCCCUCUAGGGAACACUGGUGGUCUCAGGUGUGGGACAAAUGGGCUUUCUAGACAUCUAACAUACCACCACAGAGUAAUAAGAGGCAUGGCAAGACAUGAUAAAUUUGACAUAAUUUUGUUUCCCUCUAAGCUUUAUGAGCAAAUUGUAGUCAAGUGCAAAUUGUAGUCCCCUGGCAACUCAUGACUCCCAAGGGAGUGGCUAUUUCAUGUCUCCCUGAAAAGAUCUAGCUUGUAUUGUAUUAUGGCUGGUAUUGUUUCUCUUUACUGCCAUUGCUUUAUUUUCAAUCCCAGAUCCUGUGUUGCCUGUUACAUGCUGCACCAUUUAUUGUUUUAACCAAUACAUACAUACACAUGCAUAGAUGAUAGAUAGAUAGAUAGAUAGAUAGAUAGAUAGAUAGAUAGAUAGAUAGAUAGAUACUGUCAACCCAACGACCACCUGGUACUAGAGGGAGAAGGGUGGCUUUUGACUACUAAUGGCGUUUUGCUUUGAGGGGUACAAAGACACUCUUCCUUGGAGCUUUGCUACUUUGUCCAACGGGGCAUGGUCCCCACCAAAGGCCUCCAUAGCACUUCCUUGUAUUGAAUUCAACUAGUUGCCAUUCCAGGGCUGAUACCAAGCAUAUGCAUCAUUUCCUAAAGAGAUGGAACCAUAGAGAGAUACUCCCUUUGGUGUCCAGAGUACAUAAUGGGCAGUAACUGCUUUCAGUGUAAAUAGUAGAGAUUGAGGCUGUACACAACUCGAGCCUUUCGGUCUUGAGGAAGGCCUCCUUGCGCUGUGAAAGUCCUAGCCUACACCCUAACAGCUGCGGGUAGCCAUAUUGAGCUGUCAACACUGCCUUUAUAGUGGCCUUCAAGCACCGAGUUUAGCAAAGCAGCGCUGGGAACAGUUCUUCCAAGUUUCCUGCAAGGAUGUGAAGCAACUACAGACUACUGUGGGGAUUGUGUCAUUCGGUACACAGUACAGUACAGACUGCUGUGGGGAUUGUGUCAUCCGGAUCUGAUGUCUUAAGUCUUUUCAGUGCAUCCUAUUGAAAGAGGGAAGUGAUAAAUUCCCAUUACCAAAUAGAGCCCCAUCUGUUCAUGCAUUAUUCACAUGUAGGGCAUGUCAGCAGAGGGGGCUGGACUUUUGGCCCCGCCUCCUCCAUCAGACCUUCUUCCUCCAUGACUGGGUGUCCUGACUGCAUGCAGCCCCUUUGCACAAGCAGGUGCUCAUGCUCUGAAUUUUCUCUGCAGACGAAGUCGGGUGCAAGCUGAGGUGGUUGCAGACCUGGGUUCAGGACUUGGAAGCAUGGGUCCGCACAGAAAUGCUCCACACAUAAGUAAUGUAUUAUUAGGGUUUAGGAAAGGGAAAAAUACUGACCAAGGCAGAAACCCUAUGCAUGCUUACCAAGAAGUAAGCUCCGUGGAAAUAAAAGGAAUUUACUCUCAGAUAUGUAUUUUGGCUCAGAAAUCUAAACUGCUGGAUUGUAGGAUGGAUGGAUGGAUGGAUAGAUGAUUCCAUUGGACCUUCUUGUAUCAGGGAUUCAAUAAGAGCGAAAACUCACCUCCUGACUGUAGCUGCUGAUCUCCCAGUUCCUGUUGCUAAUUUUGAAUCCUCUCCUCUGCAGGAAACGUGCCAGCUGAUUAAAAACUACAUAGAGGAAGGCCUUGGCCGUUACAUCGUCAACGUGACCACAGCUGCCGAACUCUGCAGCCACACUCUGUGCAGCGGUCACGGGCGCUGCCGGCGCAUUUUCAGCAACACUGACGUCUUCUUGCAUCUCAACCCAGCCAGCUUCGAGAUCCACCGCAACGCUCCUGGGCAGGGCAAGCAGCUGUUUGAGGCCACGGGGAACUUCUCUCAGGAUGACACUGCCUUCCUCAAGGCCCACUUCCAGUGCCACUGUUACCAGGGAUGGCACGGGAAAGGAUGCAAGGAGCAGCUGAACCCUCCUGGGGGUGGCCCCUAUCUUCACAGUAACCUGGGACUCCAGUUGCUGAUAACUCUCUGUCUGCUGGCCUGCUUGCACUAG